GGGCUGGCAAAGAGAGCGGCGGCGGCUGCCCAGCGGGUGGGUGGGCGAGCUCCACAUCCACCAUCUUUGCUCGCUCCUGCUCUCUGCUUGCAGCGCUUGGCGGGGGAGCUAGCAGAGGCCUGGCCUCGCAGGCGGCGCCCUGCCGGGGUGACUUGGUACGAAGCAAGGCUGAGGGGAAGGAUGGUGCUGGGCGCUGGCAGCGAGAGGCAGGGCUUGUCCAGCGCGGGCAGAGAAGGGAGCUGCGGCGCCAUGUGCAGUGGGAAGGGAGGGAGGCCGAGGCCAGGCCGGGCAGGACGGCAAAACGACGCCAGCCCUUUGGAACAGGCUGAGGAGCCCAGGGCAAGGAGCAAUAGGUGGGGCAAGGGAGGGGCGGCCGCCCUGAGCGCUAGGGGGCGUCCGAAAGCGCAGGGGCCGCGUAAGUGCCCCAAGGAAGGGGGGAGGCCAUGCGUAGCGACGGGCAGACGCGCACGCGCGCGCUGAUUGGACAGCGCAGCCUUCGCUGGCGCUGCUGCUGUUGCUGAACCCCAAGAGUCAGUGAGGGGGCGCGCGCGAGCGCGCACAGGGGACAGCCGCGCGGGCGCGCGUGCAGCAGCGUCGCGCGGGCGCGCGCGGGCGAGGAAAGGAGCUAGCAAGCGAAAAGAAGCUGGCAGGCAGCUGGGCUGGAGACGGAGCUGGUAGGGACCGGAGGAGCCAAGUCGGCUCUUCCCUUUGGCCCUCUGCCAGGGUGGGGGAAACAGAGUCCGACAGGUAAACUGCAGGAAAGACUUUCCUGUUCUCCCCCAAGGCGGAAACUGGUGUCUGCGGGCAGAUUCCACCCGGGCAUUGCAAGGGCGCCGCAACCCUCACCCGGAGGGCCUCUGGAAACGGGGUGGGGGUGGGGCAAGGCACGCCAGCCGGUGUCUCGGGCCUAGUGCAGAAGCCGGGUGGUGGCAAAAGGCGGCCGGGGUGGGGGCGGGGGCGGAAGAGGAUGAAAGAUCCAGAAGCCUUUGCUGAAGCGAUCCCUGCUCAGCAGCUGCAGAUCUCUGAGAGGCGGGGGCGAGGAGGUAGGGGGAGAGUGCGAGGAGCCAGGCCAGGCCAGGCCUGCUCUGCUGCGCUCCCUGCAACCAGCAGCGGCAGGAUGGAUGCUGCGCUAUUGUGAAAGGCGACAUUAGGCUGCACCGCUCAGGAGGCAAUGUUGCCUGGGUAGCUGCGGGCCGGUGGAAGAGGCAUGCAGCCGGCUCGGUGCAGGCUCUCUGCGGCCCCAGAACCAGGAGCGGGAGGCGUUUGCUGGGCCUCUGCCGCCGCCGCCGCCGCCGCGGAGGAGGAGGAGCAGCAGCAGCAGCAGCAGCAGUAGAAGUGGCUGCCAUUUUGGAGAACAAGGCCCUGGAGGGUUUGCCUGACCCCAUUGUUGCUGUGUUUGCUUCACAGGUUGAUGCCCGGCGCACAGGAUGGAUCAGGCCUGCGAAGUGAGCAGGAGGGGCUACCUGCCCCCCUUCGCCAGCCCUUUGGCGUUAGAUGUGCCGGAGAACGGGGACGGCCCUUACGGGGGGGAGGGUCAGAGCCGAAGCCCCGAGCCACCUAAUGGGUGCACCAUGCAGUCAAAGGCUGCUGCUGCUGCUGCUGCCUAUGGCCCAAACCCUUCCCCCUGCUACAUCCCGCUGCGCAGGCUGCAGGAUUUGGCCUCCAUGUUCAGUGCCGAAUAUUUAAAUGGCUCAAAAGAUGGCUCUGAUUGUUUGCAGGAAGUUGAAAGGAGCGACUCCAGCGCCGAGCUCUGCGAUUCUUCAGUGUUAACCGACUCAGAAGACUUCACCCGGCAUGACUCGGCAAGACUACUGGAUUUUGAUUCCAUCUCUCCUUGCUUGGAGGACGACCCGGAGGUGGAUUCCGAAACAUCAUUCCUAAAAGCAGAUGAAAGCCCAGAAGAGGAAACUGAGUUUAUGAUGGAGGACAGAGACACCGGCACCUACAGUGAGGAGGGAGAGCCCGAGGAUGGAAUGGAACUGAUUGAGGAGAUCCAAGGAGGACGCUCCAUAGAAAUUAGACACAAUGAGACAAUGUCUACCUUGUUCCCAAUCGGCUUUCCUCGAGAGCAAAUACAAAGUAACACUUGCAAAGAGGCUGCAGUAGGAAAUAGAACUGAAAAACUAGACCUGCGCCCAGUGUCUUAUUUUCCUGGAGAUACAGAUUUAAAAACAGAAAAACAGUGCAGCAUUACGAAGAAGGUAUCUGAAAAAGAAAAUCCAGCCCAAGGUCCCAUCAUACUAGGAAACUUGAUAGAAAGGCUUGAAACUUCAAUUACUGCAAAAUCAUCAUCCUCAGCAGCAGCAGCAGCAUUGCCACCUGUAAGCAGUCUUGGGGUACCCGUUAAGUUCUCUGCAAAUUUAUUUAUGGGGAAAUGUUCUACAUGGUGUUCCUCUGGUCUGUUGCUGUUACAGAGAGAGCGAGAGUUGGAGGUGGGUGGAGUUAACAGGUUGUAGAGUUUCCAUGUGUUUUGUUUCAUUUGCAAAGCAAAGUGCAGAUAAUUUAAGCAAGGUAGUUUGAACAAGAGCUUUGAAAACAAAAUGUUUUGUGGUCCUUCUGCCUGGCAUACAAUCCUAGAAGCUGACACAGUGAAAAAAAUUCCUUAUCACAGAAGCUGAAUUGAAUAUAAUUCCCCUCCACACAUUUGAAUAUAAUUCUCCUAAACACAUGACUUGUCAUCUUUCUCUGCUGGUUGUAACAAGAAUUAAGAUUUGGUAACUUUAUAAAAGUGUUUGAAAACAUGCGCCCCUCACAAACUCCUGCUCCUUAUACUUAAUUUUUGCACUGUUAGCUGAGAUGAGGUACUGUAUUAAAAAAAACCAACAACUAUGAUAGCUGGAAAGCCAAAACAUUAUUCAGACAGAAAACCUGCUCUUCAGUUUUCCUUUUCAGCAGAUUCUUAGUGGUUUUCUUUUUAAAAAAGGUUUAGUCUUUGAUUUUUGGCUGUCUUUGUAAGGUUAAUAGGGCUGUUUCCCACAAGGUAAUAGUAAGAAAAUGUGUAUACUUUUGUGCAUAUAUUUUUCUUGAUGCAUGUGCACUCUUUAGAAACUUGCUAUCAGUUGUGGCUUUUCAGUGCAUUAGUAUUACACCCACCCAUAUAUAUAUAUAUAUAUAUAUAUAUAUAUAUAUAUAGCAGCCCUUGAAAUGCACAUGCAUUGCAUUUUACAUGUGGUGUGGAAUGCAUAUGAUAAUGCGAGCAAGUGUUUACAUCUUAUGUCCUGGUAUACAUUUGCAGUUAAGAUAGCAUGUGUGAAGUUGCCUCAGUUAAAACAAAACACUCCGUUACUAAAAUGAGAUUUCAUUUAAUAGUUUAAGUGAAAAAUGUGAAGACUUGCAUUGUUUUCUGUUUUGCAGAAUGAACUGGUGCAUGCAGAGUAAUUUUUUAUGGUUCUGAAUUCUUUUAAGAGGAGAACUGAGGUGUGUUUGUUGACUUUUAAUGGUGGUGAUAAUGGCCUGGUUUGUACAUAAAGCUAAACAAAGCCAUGGUGAAAUUUCUGUAUGUUAGUGUGUGAGUACUCACAGUAAAAAAAAAUGUGGCUAGUUCUCCCUUGAUCUUCCUGAUGGUGUGCUACUGAAAUUAAGCCAUGGUUUGGCUCAGCAUUACAUCUUAAUCUGGGCUUGUGGUUUGUCUGAGGAAGAAAAACUGUGAGUCUGAAUUUGGAAAUAACGUUAAAUUAAUCUGUACCUUAAUCUCCAGGUAGUGUGGCAGUAAAAAAGACCAGGCCAUAAUUACUAUUGUGAGUGCUUGCACAUUCACACUUAGCAAUGAUUUGGCUUAGAGUUACAUGCGAACUGGGCCUACUGUAGUUUGAGAAUACCUCAAGUCAAAAGACUUACAUUCAGGUGUAACUUUGUAAAUAGUGCAUAAAGUUGUAGUCCUGUGUACAUCUACCUGGGAAUGCACACAGUGGAACUGACUUCUAAGUAAACGUGCAUAGGAUAGUGUUGUGAAAUUAUUUUCACAACGUUUGUGAAACAACAUGUUGGAAAAGUCUACUAGAAUAUUUUGUACCAUGGCAAAAAUAUAUAUGGUAUUGUAGAACUUUAAUUGUUUUGUGCAGUUACAUUAGAAUUUACCUGGCUUUGGUAUUUCAGUUACUGAGAGACCUCUUCUCAAAAUAAUGUCACUGCCAAAUGGCUCACAUCUGAUAUUAUUUCUACUGAUAGUUACUAAUUCCAGAGUAUUGCGUAAAAUAUUGCCUAAAUGCUUGUGGAGCAGAUAGCAUUGUGCAGGUGUUAAUACACAUAUGUGCACCUGAAUACUGUACAGAGAAGAAAUGGGUUGUAUCCAACUUAAUAUCUGAAUCCAUGGAACAGCUUCCAGAAGUGCAACAGAAUGUUUACUUCUUUCUCCUCCCUUACUGCAUCCUUAACCCUCUGGAGUUUUCCCCAACAUUCUGGAGUAGAUUUGGGGGUGGUGCAGGGGGAGGAGAUGGAGGGGAAAUUACGGUAUGUUGCACUCACAGGAGUCAUUCUGCAUGUGCAGUUAUUUAGCUAAAUGCAACCCAUUUUUUUUAUUAAGGAUAUUGUCCCAUUAAAGAAAUCUUAAUAUGAUCUGAGUUUAAGCCUAUUACUCUAGCAAUUACAUUUGCAUAUAUGUAAAACGAACGGUUCUGAGGCUAGCAAUGUAGGCAUUGGGUGAUAUCCAACUAAGUCAUACUCGAUGAGUAGUCUCAUGGACAUCAAUGGACUGAUCUAAGUAUGAGUAAUGUUGGAUAUCCCCUUUUGGUUUUGGAUAUUGCAUGCAUGUGUCGUAGCAAGCAUCAUCUUAGAAGAAGCAUCCCCUUCUCUCUGGGACUAAAGUGAGAAUACCUCUUAAGUGGUGCUAUAAAAAAUAAUAAUCUGCAUGAUUGAUUGGGGCCCCAGUGAGGCCAUAAGUGAUAUCAGAGCACUUUGCAGAUAGUUCUACUUACCGUGUUUUUCGUUCCAUAGGACGCUCCGUCGCAUAGGACGCACCUACUUUUUUGGGGGGGAAAUAAAGGGGGAAAAAUUUCUUUUAUUUCCCCCCCAAAACCAGGUCGGGGAACAGUGGGAUGGCGGCGCUGCGCCUCCCCGCUGUCCCCCAAGCUUGUGGGGCUGGCCGAUGUCUGCCCGGCGCGAGGGGCGCUCUGCUUCAGGGCGCCCUGCGCGUCGGGCGGCAGGCUGCUAUCCGCAGCGUGGGGAGCCCUGCGGGAACUCCCGCAGGGCUCCCCAUGCUGCGGAUGUCUGCCCGGCACGAGGGGCGCUCUGCUUCAGGGCGCCCCACGCGCCCGGCAGCAGGCUGCGGACACCUGCGCGAAGCACGGGGCGUCCUCCAAAGGGCGCCCCAUGCUCCGCGCUGCAGGCUACCACCCGCAAGCCGUAUGCGCCCGGGGGGCGUUCCCCCGGGCGCGCAAGGCUUGCGGACACCUGCGCGAAGCACGGGACGUCCUCCGGAGGGCUCCCCGUGCUCCGCGCUGCAGGCUGCCGCCCGCAAGCCUUGCGCACCCGGGGGAACUCCCCCCGGGUGCGCAAGGCUUGCGGAUAGCUUCCUGGAGCCUGGAGAGCGAGAGGUGUUGGUGCGCACCGACGCCUCUCGUUCUCCAGGCUUCAGCGAAAGCCUGCAUUCGCCCCAUAGGACGCACACACAUUUCCCCUUCAUUUUUGGAGGGGGAAAAGUGCGUCCUAUAGGGCGAAAAAUACGGUAAUAACAGAAUCAGUUUUACUUCCAAAAUUCAUUAUUACAUUGAGUUACAGUUGAAAUGAACAACCAUUAUAAAACAUUUUCGAAGUGUAUGGCAUCUAGUUUCUGUUAGGAGUUUUGUUGUUGUUGUUGUUUUUAGUUGUCCAGAAUUCUUUUGAUUCUCUCAUCGUAUAAUGGCUUUUUAAUGCAAAUAUUAAAAAAAUAGAAUGCUGGUGCAUAAAUAUUGAUGGGAAAUGCCUUUCUUGAAAGGGGGUAUUUGGAAAUCAGACCUUUUUUUUGUAAGGCGUGUAAAGAUGGAAGAGAGGUUACCGAAAGAAUGACAUCAGAAAAUCUCAGAAAAUAAUUUUGUUUGUGGUUAUUUCAUAAUUCAGGUCUUGCAACAGUCUCUGAGCAAUGGGUCCAUUCAAGGUUUAAAAGCAAGCAAGAAAAUGCUGUUGGCUACUCUAGUGUCUGAGGCUCUUGUGUCAGGGAUGGUUUAAGCCAAGGGAGCUAUUACAGAAAUACCUUAAACAAUAAUUCUAUGACUAAUUUUGGUUACGUUUUAAAUUAUUGUUCUUUGAAAUUAGCUCAAGUAAUCCAGUGAUCCUAUUAUCGCAUGUUAUUUCAUUAUUGUAGCCAUAACAUUCAUGUGUAGUUCUCAUAGAUGACCAUUGCAUCUUUGCAAGCUGCUAAAACCUGUAUUCAUUUUGGGGGUUAGGUUUCUCUCCCACCACAGUUGAAUAGAUCUUCAAGUUCCAACACCAUGAAUCAGUAUCUAUUGUGUUCUCAAGCACUCUUCUUCUAGGGGUGAGAGCACAUGACAAUUCAUGGUGUGAUUAUUGCAAGAUAAGAGUUAUGUAUGAGCUUCUAUGCCCAUCAGUUGGUGCUGCUUGCAUGUGAUGUAGUUAAAAUGGAUAAAAAUUAAUGAGCUAAGAAUAGUAAUAAUUAAAUAUUGUUGCAAGAGCUCCCACUAGCACAGUUGGGCUUUCCCUCUCCUCCCCCAACACUCCCUCUCCACCUCCCCCACAUCCGUUCUAAAGAGUCAGGAGAACCUUCAGAACACCCCAUGGGAGAAGAGGGGUAUUGUUUCAUCUGACAAGUAAAGAUACUUGCACUGAUGGAAUGAUCAGAAGUGUGGGAUUUUGAAUUGCUCCCUGUAAGUUUCUCUUUUUAGAAGUAGCCUAGUAUAAUCAGACUAAAAAAAGCAAGUUAAUCCUACAAUUAUUGGCUCCAUCCAGCUAUCAGAUCAUACCAUAGUUUGUUGUGACAUGGGCAUCCUAUGGCGACUCUCAUACAUUUCUCUUCUUCCUUCCUUUCUUUGGGGUGUAUGGAGGAUUAAGGCUUCCAUUGCAUUUUGAAACAAACUUUAGCUUCUCAUUUCAUCUGAAUAUGGAAAAUAGGUUCGUAUAAUAUCGCACAAUCGAACUCUGGCUUGCUAUGAUUUGUGCAAACCACACUCUCCCAUGUGCUUCAAAAACUGGGAAAAUACAGCUUGCUUCAAAAAGCAAGAAAGCUUCCAUUAGACACAUGAGGAAAGGGAGGCUUGAAAUGGUGCAUCUGCAUUUCCAAAAACUCUGGUUUGUUGCAGUUAUUAUUAUUUAUUAGAUUUCUUCCCUGUUUUUCACCAUGAGGUCCCAUGGUGCAUUACAACAAUUUUAAAAAUACAAUAUUAAAAUAAUUUAAAACAAAUUAUAGUCAGUGGAAUAUAUUGUAAAAUUUCUCAGGUGUCAAAGGCCGGGGUUAAGAGGUGCAUCUUCAGCAUAUGAUGAUAACCACAAAAGUAGGGUGUCAGAUGCACUUUUGUGGGGAGAGCCUUCCACAGUUUAGGGGUUGCCACAGAGUGUGCCCUCUUCUGAGCUGUCAAUCUCCAAACUUGUGAGGGUGACAGAACUACCAAGAGGGCCUCCUCUGUCAAUCGUAAUGCCCAAGGGGGUCUGAAUGGAAAACUGCCUCAAAAUUGAUAGGGCUUUAUACUGAGUUAGGCAAGCAACACAAAUGCAAAUAAAGAAUCACAUGGAAUACUGCUGUUAAUGGCCUUGAUGCUAGGGGCAAAGAACUAGCAGGUCAUCACAGGUGAUGUUUGCCAACCUUUGACAUCUGAAGAUGCCAUCCUGUUUAUGGCUAAGAUACUUCUGUAUCCUGUAAUUAUAUUUUUCCCCAUACCAAAUUAUGAAUAUUUAUAAACAAGGACAUUUCCUUUUCAUCUUAUGAAAAUGAACUGCUCUUCCCAUAACUACCAGCACUUUUGACAUAUGAAAUUGGGGAGGGGGGAGGAAAUCAAAUAAGCAGUGCAUCAUGUAUCAUUUUAUAAAAUUAUGAAAAAUAUCGAGUGUAUAUAUAAUUAUACAAAGUAUUUAAUUAGACUGUUGAUCCUAGUUGUAAGCCAACAUGGACAAAUUAUUAUACAUUACUUUUAAAAAUAUAUGAAGCACCAAUGAGAAACUACAAUCAGAAAUUUAAACUGGCCUUUUUGUGAUUUAAAACACAUUUAUUUAAAUUAGUCCACCCUUGAUGUAAUGAAAUAGCUGGAAUGUAGGCCACAUCGGGCACCGGUGUAUCAACCCCAACUGGACUCAAACCACAAAAGGUAGCAGCAAAAGGAAGAGUUCUUGUUCUUUCUUACUGUUAUUUUUUUAGUGUGAAACACUUUUUUUAAAAAAUUGCCCUGCUAAUGGAAGUUCCAAAGCAAGUGCAAUUCAUUGGAAAGGCUGCGAGAAAGUAGUUUAUGACAGCCCUGUAGUGUAGUUCACGCUGAAUACUGAAGGCUAGGCUCUCAGCCAUUUACAUCAACUUGUAGUCCUGAGGUAUUAGACGCCUAACACCUCAGGGAAAUCGGAAAGAGUAGCUUACAACAACCAUGCAGUAAGGUAUACCUCUGUUGCAAGCAGUGAUAGAAAUUAGCCAGGCGUCAAACACAUUUUGCAACUGACAUGGGUCCAAUUGCAACCACUUGGAGAUCUUUGGAUGCCAGGUUGGCGACUGGGGAAAACAAAACGUCACUUAGAGAAAGAUCUGAAAUAUUUUUCCUUGAAGCUUGAAUUUGUUUUAUUCUGGAUUGUUUUGUUUUAUGUUUUAAUAUGUUGUAAACCACUUUGAGAUUUGUUUUUUAAACUAUAAAGUGAUAUAUAAAUGAAGAUGAUAAUAUUAAUAAUAAUAAUAAUAAUAUUAAUAAUAGUAAUAAUAAUAAUAACGAUAAACUGCAUUGCAGAAAAGAAGAAGAAGAAAGGCACCUAGACAUUCCAUUGUGGUGACCGUCACCUAGGUUUAAGGUGCCAUUUGGCGAUUAGAUUAUAUAUCUGAGUUGCUAACACUGGUUGCACGUUGGAAUGCUAUGCUGAGAGAGAAAAGCUUACAGCAGCUCUGCAAUGUAGCCUGCUGUUAAUAUUGGAAGGUCAGAAGUGAAGCUGAAGCUUGUUUGGAUUCCCAGUCAAAAGUCCCCUAUACCUCUCUGGUUGCAGUACAGGUUGAUGCAUUAAAUUGCCCCCUUCGAUCUCCUUCCAGUCAAAUCAGCCACUCAGUUGCAUUCAGAAGCCUCAUUGGCUUGCGUGAACACUGCUUGUACUUUUAAAUGUUUAAAACCCAAAAUCAUAAAUUUAAGUUUUGUGCAUGAAGCAAGAGAUAUCAUUUUAACUUUUCUUUUUCUGAGAUUCUUCAGCCACAUGCAUAGAUAACAUGCACAUGUAAGAUAUAUACUGCAGCAUUUAGUCUGUAGUGACAUAUGGAAGUUCUGUUAAGCCCACUUUACUUUUUAGAGAUUUGCUAAUCUCUAUCAAGGGCGCUAUAUAUUACCGUAUUUUUCGCUCUAUAACACGCACCCGACCAUAACACGCACGUAGUUUUUAGAGGAGGAAAACAAGAAAAAAAUAUUCUAAACGAAACAGUGGAUGUAUGAUUUUUGUGGUUCAUGCUGUGGCCACAGACAUGUGAUCUGACAGUGAGUUUGGAGUAGCCCAAUGCAAAAAUCCUGAGGAUCCAUGUGGAUCCAUGUUUGUAACCACGUUUUUGCACCACUGCGGCCCCACGAAACAGUGCGUGCGUGAUUUUUUUGGUGCAAGAUGUAGCCAUGGACAUGCUAUGUGAUCUGAUGGUGAAUUUGGGGUGACCCAGUGCAAAAAUCCUGAGGAUCCAUGUGGAUCCGUGCUUUGUAACCACGUUUUAAGUGGGGAAGGAAGGAAAAGCACUCAAGGGACAAGGAGCACGCGUGGGGUGGGUGGAGAAGGAUGCUGCUAAUAAUGAAGAAGAGGGGUUUAAGGGGAGAAGAAGCACGUGUGGGGUGGGUGGAGAAGGAUGCUGCUAAUAAUGAAGAAGAGGGGUAUAAGGGGAGAAGGCUCCUCUCCUCUCCCACUUUGCUCCUAUAAAGAAGCAGGCUCUCUGUCCCUCUCUCUUCCCCACUCAGCGGCUCUUCUCCCACUUUGCUGUUUCAAAGCGAGCCACUGAGGAGGGAAGGAAGGGGAACCAUGGAUCCUCUGCUCACGACUGCAGCAGAUCCCCCCCGCCACCCGUAGGCAUUUCCUCCAUAACACGCACAGACAUUUCCCCUUACUUUCUAGGAGGAAAAAAGUGAGUGUUAUGGUGCAAAAAAUACGGGACCUUAUCCCCCUCCCCCCAGUGAAACUGGCAGUCUUCUCAGUAGUGUUCAUUUGUAGCAGAACUAAUGGUCCUAAUUUAACCCAAAAGCUUUAACCAGAAUAGUCUGCCACAUGCAGAAGGACAUUUUGCAGUACAGUCCCAGGCAUGUUUCCUCAGAAGUAUCAUUUAAGUUCAGUGGGAUUUACUUCCUGGUAAUUGAUUUUAGCAUUGCCGCCUUAAUUCAAUUUAUUUCAAUGGGCUUAGGCCGUCCAGCUGCAUCUAGGAUAGCAGUUGAUUUAUUGGUGGGAGGCAAUUUUAAUUUAUGUAGACAAAUGAUGACCAGUAGAUCAGAGAGUUUAUCUUUGUUUAUUUUUUGGAGGUUCCAAUGUGUUACUGUUCAUAGAAAAUAAUAUAUUUGUUUCUUUGUUUCUUUCCAACAAUGAAUAGUAGCUUUUGCUAACUUAUUAGUUGCCUCACAUUUCUUUCAAAAGCUCAAAUAGUAUCUGUCUCAAGGUUUUGCUUACACUCACAUGUAAACAGCUACAGAAUUUUAACUGACUGAAAUUCAGUCAGUGGAUAAUCUUAGUUCAUACCCUUUAGAAUCCCAGAUCAGCAACAAAUACUCCCAGAGCCAAAUCCAUCCCCCUACGGAAUACUCUCUGAUCCCAGCCUUGACCCCCCCACUCAAGUUGCCAACUUGGAAGCUAUAAAAGAUGUAUGGAGAAAAUUGCAGUUGUGGCUGUGGAGGUGAAGUAGGAUUUACCCUCUGUCACUACAUCCAAACUAUAUCAUUAUUACAAAAUUUAUUACCCUCCCCUUUACCAGGAGGUCCCAUGGAAGGUUGUAACAUGAACUAUGGUCAGAAGAAUAGGAUGAGUCCUGAAAAGAUAUACCUCAAGUGUCAAAGGCCAGGAUAAAGAGAUGGGUCUUCAGCGUGUCAGGUGACAGUGCUGGAUCCAGGAGUACAUCCAAGCUUCCUUCCUCCUUCUAAGGAAGUGCAGACCCAUCAGAAAAGGUGGGCUUUCCACCUCCUGGACUUGAGAACACAUAGCACUUUGUUUCACAAUUUCACUUUGUUGUCCCCCAUGCAGCUCAUCACUGCCUCCAAACACCUGUCUUGAUGUCUCAGCCAGCUCUUCUGAUACAGAUGGGAAUGAGAGAGCGCUCUGGGUGUCAUUCAUAUAUUGGUGACACGUCACUCCAAAACAUCUGAUGACUGGUCCUAGUGGCUUCAUAUAGGUGUUAAAUUGCAUGGGUGAUAAGAAGUAUAGUGCCCCAACGACCACUUCCUUGAGCUAUUCCAGAAGGAUGCUAUGGUCAAUGGUAUCAAAAGUCACCAGAAGGUCAAAAAGAAUGAGCAGGGUUGCAUUCUCCCAAUCCCUCUCCCGACAAAUGACAUCAGCCAGGGCAGUUUCAGUGCCCUGACCAAACAAUGGCUUGUUGCUGAUUAGGAUUUUAAAAAUGGUGUUGUUAAAGCCAUUAAUUUGGGGGGAAACUAUCUGAAAUUAUUUACAGUACAACAGGCAAUCCCUGCUGCUGCAGAUUGGUGAGUUACAUUAAACUUCUAUGUCACAUAUAACCAUAAACUGUAGCAUAAUUUGUGAACAAGUUCUGGGAUGUACUUGACAGAUGCAGUCCUUGCUAGAGGCCAAUUACUUUCCUUUUAGGGAUAUUUCUUUUCAGGGAGAAAUAAGCUUGGCUCUUGGAGGUGGUGGUGGUGUCUUUGUAUGGAAAGAUCCCUUGCUUGUCAAGAAGCAAUAAGGUACGUCAUACUCAAUCGGGAUGAACACUUCUAAGGAUGAAGGGUGACCAUGUUUUUUUAAAAAAGAAACCUAAUGACAGAACUUUCAUAAGUGGUAAUUAUACGAAGUAAACAAGCAGUAGUGAAGUAUCGAUCAUGCCUGCGCUUUCUUUCAUAGGUUAUUUAGAGGAGGCUCCUUUUCCAAUUGAUUAGUUAUUACUAACACUACUACACAGUAUUCAUUAGUGUUUUAAGUUUCUUCACGAUGCUCUUAUCUUGCAGUUGUGUAAAGGGAGAUAUUAUCAGUGAGUUGCUGCAUCCUUUAAAUUGGCUCUUGAAUGUCUGUGUGCCUCACUGUUCAGAAAUGUGAUUGAUUUCAUAGUACAAUUAGGUGGCAGGAAUGUAUGCCUUUGAAGAGAAAGGAAACAUCUUGCAAAACCAGGAGUGAGGAACCUCAGGCCCAGGGACUCAAUACAGCCCUCCUGGCCUCUCUGUCUGGCCUUUGAGACUCUUCCUAGGCCAUGCCCCACCCUUGAGGCCCCACCUGUUACUGGCCCUGCCCCACGAUUGCCUUACUGGAAUAUGUUCUAGAUAAUGUAAUUUGCUCGCUCGGUUGGAUGGAGAGGUGGUUGUGGAUGUGUAGAAAUCCACAAUUCGUGCUUGGCUGGAAUGUAGCCUAUUGAGGUGUAAGAGUCAUUGUAUGUGUUACACAGAGCAGAUUUAGAGAGGAAAGGGGGAAACCCCUGUAGCAUACAAGGAAAUCCUUGUACUGAUGGGACAUCGUAGUUGACUACCACCCAUAGGGAUUAUUAUUAUUUAUUUUUUGUUUAUUAAAUUUGUCAGUUGCUUCACCUGGCCCAGGACAACCCAAAGUGUCUUACAACCCAACAAAUGGACAGUAAAUCACACAUAGAUACAUUAACACCAAGAGGAAAGAGAACUACAACAAAAACUUCUCACCCACUUUUUAAAGGCCAAAGAUAGUGUAAGGCCAAAGGCCUAGUUAUAGAGGAAAGUGUUGGCCUAGUGCAUUAGUAACCUGGUCAUAGCUGGAUGCCUUCUAUUCCAUUUUGAUAGCAUUGGUUAAGGCUUCAGUUGCAGUGAGAGAAGACCAGAUUGUGCCAUAGCUCAUCAAAUAGCGCUAUAAGACAGGGCUACUCUGUUUAAUAUGUACUUUGAUAAGGAAUAUUACAGUGGUGCCCCGCAAGACGAAUGCCUCGCAAGACGGAAAACCCGCUAGACGAAAGGGUUUUCCGUUUUUGAGUUGCUUCGCAGGACGAAUUUCCCUAUGGGCUUGCUUCGCAAGACGAAAAUGUCUUGCGACUCUUGAGAUUUUUUGUGCGCGUCCCCCCCCCUUUAUCUAAUCCGCUAAGCCUUUAAUAGCCUUUAAUAGCCUUUUAGCAGCUAAUCCGCUAAGCCUUUAAGCCUUUAAUAGCCGCUAAACCGCUAAUAGCGCUAAUCCGUUAAGCCGCUAAUAGGGUUGCUUCGCAAGACGAAAAAACCGCUAGACGAAGACUCUCGCGGAACGGAUUAAUUUCGUCUUGCGAGGCACCACUGUAUCAGCUAUCUUGAAGCUGUAAAUAUUAGUAGUUGUGUGAGUUGAGAAUUUCAGCUUAUUUGAGAAAUAAGGGUUCUGUAUCUGAGAGACAAAACUGAAAAUUAUUAAAACUACAUUAUGUACUGCUAUUUAGGUACUGGAGCAUAUACUAUACACUCCUUGUAAUAAAAUCACCUGAAAGCCAUGCUUGUCAUGCGAACAGGUUUUGCAUUUCCUGGUUUAUCUUGUGUUCUGGAUAGAAUUAAUGAUGGGCUAACACAAAGCUCUACAUCUUGGAGACUAUCAUGCUGAUAAUCACUUGUCAAUUGGAUAUUGUUGUGGAAAGUAAGGAGGCAACUAUUCAGGGACUAGUUGUUUUUCAUGUUUGGAAAACAGUAAAAUGUUAUUUGAAAAUAAAUAAACAGGAGAACUUUGCUGCAUUGAAAAUAUAGGAAGUGUGUCAUAGAAAGUGCAAUAACAAUAAAGAUACCAGAUGCUGAAAAAACUUAUUUGCUAACCAAACAGAUAAAUAUUUUAAAUAAUUAAUAGUACAUAUUGAUUGAUACUGGGGAGAAACAACCCCGUUUCCUAACUUCUAUGAUGAGAAUGUUUUGGAAAUUAUUUUAUUAAUUUUUAUCUAACCAAAUUUCUCAUUUCAUUGCAUUGCAUUGCAUUUAGUUACAAUAAGCAUGGCCUUUUUGUCUGGAGCAGGGGGCACUAUGAGAAAGGUACCGUACAACAUUAUGGGGAAAGUUUAAAAAGAGAUUUAACAGCAAUCAUAAUAGCCUGAACAGUCUUUCUAAAUUAACACAACCUUCUUUUGAGAUGUUUUUAAAUGAAACAAUGAUAUGCUAUAUAACAAAGGAUAGGAGGAGAUUAUUUACUUAAAACGUUAACACCAUACUGAACUUCAGGAAGCGGUAAUUUCUUUAUCAGUACAAUGUAAAUGGAGACAGUGCUUCUAGAAAUCUAUUUUGUUUAUAUCCUGUUUCUUUUUAUGUUGAAUAAUAUCCCCAUUUUGACAUGGCUAAUUCUCAAAGUUUAUUUAUCCAAUAUUUUGAGCAGACAACAUACUUGCUGUGACUAUCAUGGAAGAAGUUAAUUUUCUGUUUUCUCUGUUUAUUGAGAUGUAUAAUUUAACAACAGUAAUAGGGAAUCUGAUAGUACAGUGGUGCCUCGCAAGACGAAAGUAAUUCGUUCCGCAAGUUUUGUCUUCUUGCGAGUUUUUCGUCUUGCGAUGCACGGUUUCCCAUAGGAAUGCAUUGAAAAUCAAUUAAUGCGUUCCUAGGGAAACCGACUUCAGACCAGGUCCGGGGACAGUCUGUCCCCCGACCUCUUCUGAAGGCGGGGGGGGGGGGGACAAGGGCUUUUCUUCCCACCCACCCCAGCAUUUUAAAAUCCCGCGGGACCGCGGAGGGCUUCUCCGCUGUCCGGGGCGAUCUUUAAAUGCUGGCGGGCGGCAUUUAAAAUUGCCCGGGACAGCGGAGGACUUCUCCGCUGUCCGGGGCAAUUUAAAGCCCCUGGGAAGGCAGGCAGGGGGACAAAGACUUUUGCCCCCCGCCAGCCUUCAGAAGAGGUCUUCUGAAGGUUGGCGGGGGGCGAAAGUCUUUGUGCCCCCCCCCACCUGCCUUCAAAAGCUGUCCAGCCAAGGCUUCGCGGACCUCUCCGCAAGCAGCGGCAGCACUGCCGCUGCUUGCGGAGAGUUGCCGGCAUGCCGAAGCCUGCGCGCGCUGAGAUCAGCGCGCCCAGGCUUCGCGGACCUCUCCUGCCUUCAAAAGCCGUCCGGGAUAGCGGGAAGCGCUUCCCUGCUAUCCCGGACUGCUUUUAAAAUGCUGGCGGUGGGGAGCAAAGCCUUUCGGCCCCCGCCAGCCUUCCUGGACCUCUUCUGAAGGCCGGAGGGGGGGGGAAGGCUUUGCUCCCCACCGCUAGCAUUUAAAAGAGGUCCCCGGAGAUUUCCCUAUGGGCUUUCGUCUUGCGAAGCAAGCCCAUAGGGAAAUUCGGUUUGCGAAGCGCCUCCAAAACGGAAAACCCUUUCGUCUAGCGGGUUUUCCGUCUUGCGAGGCGUUCGUCUUGCGGGGCACCACUGUAUUCAUAGAGUAAUGUUUUAGAUAUUACAUCUUGUGCCUGUUUACUCAUACAGUUGUUAACCUGUUCCGAUUCAUAAUUAUUAUUCAAUAACAAAGGAUAAAUUUUGGAUAAAUGAUCUUUAACUUUAUAAAAAGUCUCAAGUUUUGUUAAAUUCCUUAACUUCCAAAUUUCAAAACAACAUGGUUCAAAUAAUUUUUUUUAAGAAAAGGUUUCGAAACAACCUCCCCUUUUUGAAAAACACUGAACCGUGCCAAAUCCUCUGGAUAAUUUCAGGGUUGGAUUGCUGCAAUUGCUGUGUUGGGCUAUCCUUGAGGUUGAUGUCAAGGCUUUAGUCAGUAGAGAACAUGGUGACUGGGUUAUUUGUGGGGACAAACUACUGCCAGAUAACAACAUAACACAAUUCUCACCAUGAAAAUUCUUCCAGAUUUGUCAGAUCUUCUAAUUCCUAAUAUAGAAAAUCAUAAUAAUUUAUGUAGAAUUCAUAUAAUUCAUUAGUGUCCUUACUACUCAGAUAUCAUACAGAUUUUUAUUUGUAGCUUUAUGCAAAUUAUUUUCUUACUUUUUAAAAAUCUGUUUUAUAUCCUUUUGCUUUAUCUUUAUAUCCAGCUAAUGAGCUAUAAUCAGAUAUUAGCCUUCUAGUCCUGCCAAAGACUGAACUGAAUUUGAUGGGGAUAUUUCUGUGUCUUGUUCAUGUGUUACUAUUCAUAGGAACAUAGGACGUUCCUUAUACAAUGUUAGACAACUUAUUCCAUCUGUUCCAGAGCACUGUCUAUGACUGGCAGCAGCACUCCAGGGCCCUGGUACCUUCCAGAUGUUGUGGACCAGGCAUAGGCAAACAUGACCCUCCAGAUGUUUUGGGACUACAACUCCCACCAUCCCUAGUUAACAGGACCAGUGGUCAGGGAUGAUGGGAAUUGUAGUCUCAAAACAUCUGGAGGGCCGAGUUUGCCUAUGCCUGUUUUGGACCAUCAGCACAGCCCUUCUGAGUGGGCCCAAUGGGAGCUGUAGUCCAAAACACCUGUGGGGCAACAGGUUGGCAAAGGAUGAUCUAGAAACCUGUUGCUUACAAAUGAAAGAAAGGAAUUCUGUCAUAGGUGUGGGUCUUGCUUUCUUCACGGUAAAGAAAUGGGAGGAUAUUUUACACAUUGGUAUGUGUGAGUAUUCAAAUGCUUGGACUGUGUUCAACACCAAAUGAUUUUGUAAGGAGAAACCAUUUUGCUGUAAUUAGGAUAUGUAUUUUUGGGAAUGUGGGACAACAGAAGGUGUGUUGUUCAAUGUCUCUACCCUUUAUAAAGAGGGAUAUUGAAUGCUGUGCAGAUAUAGCAGAUAGCUUUAUAUGCAGUAUAGCAAACUGCAUUUCGUUCUGCGUUAAGUAGGCUAGGUGAAGUCCUCUAAUUACAUGAAUGCUGUUAAGAUUUAACAGUAAAUUAAAUCACUUGUUCAUACUUUCGCCAUUACAACCCACCCUCCGCCCGAACAUACACUAUUACAUAGAUUCAUUACAAAAUGAUCAAAAUCUUAUCUUUCGUUUUGCUUCUGAGAAUGUUCUGUAAUUGAAAGAAUUGGAUUGUACACAUAAUUCCAGUACUUUCCCCACAGGGCUGUUAAUGAAAUCACAUCUGCCUAUAAAGGCAGCAAAGAACCACCAUGGCUUUAGAGUGCUGUGAGAGUCAGGGCCUCAUCCCUCUUACGACUGUGCUUUUUUAUUUUAGUAGGAUGAUGCAUAAUACUGUCCCAUAGUGGGAGGGGUUAGAGUGGGUGGGAGGGGUUAGAGUCUGACAUCCUCUCAGAUGGGAGCUGGAAAUUUUUGACUAGGGGGAGAGCUGUGUAGAUGAUAACUCUGGUGGAGUCCUGGACUAAAUUUGGUAUUGGUACAGUAUCAGGCUGCCAGUAUUGUUGGGGGGGGUGUAUAUUUUCCUGGGGACUUGUUGGAAUAGGUAAGUGUUGGAGAUUGUGUUAGUGUUUUUGUGUGUGAGAGAGAGUUUGGUUAAAUGUGUGCAGGUGUUUGAUGAUUGGGAAGAUAGGGCUCUGUUAGUUGAUGUGGAAUUUGUGUGCGUAUUUGAGUAAAUGGGACCAUAUUUUAUGGUUAUUUAUGUUCCAUAUGCUGUAUUAUACUUUGUAAUAUAUUAUAUACUGUACCUUCUGCUUAUCAGUGGUUUCUGAAUGAACCACCUGAAAAGCAGGUGGGGGGAAGGGUUUCUGGAUGUGGCAGGGCUCAGGUGGUGGGUGAUGCAGGAAAGGAACAUUCUUCCUGCAUUCUCUUGGAUUUCUCACUGUGUGCUGAGAAAAGGGAGCCCCUUCAGCAGCACAUGGCAAGGAAAUGCAGAGACAGAGAUCUGUGUGUGGCAUUGGCUCCACCCACUUUCAAUUUGGUAUCACCUUGUGUUGGCACAUGACUUCCAUAAUGUUGCUGACAAGGGAAUACAGUUCAUCACUUGAGCUGGAAACUAUUCCCCACCAGUAGGUGACCUAAAAACAAGUCUCACUGUGUCAAAUGGACCUUACACCCAAGCAUAUGUGUGAAGGUUGCAGUCAAUAAAACUUAUUCCCAUCCUUCAUCUCCCAGCCCUAUUCCUUUACCUUUGCUAUGGGUUUUAUUGACUUUGCCUAUUUUCCCACCCUUUUGUUGUGUCCUCCGUUUCCCACUUUCUUCCUGCCUUCACCCCAUCAGCAUUUUCCAUAUUGACUUCCAUUUGCUGUAAGGAAACAGGCAUGUUAGUUCUGGGGGAACGAAAUUAAUAAGUGGACUUGUGAAAUGCAAGCAGCUCUUUUUCUGGAUCAUCCCAUGUGAAACAUUCCAGUUUACACAGUCAGCCUUUCUGCCUAAACUGAGUGCCCUGUUUGCAAUGUGUGGUUUGCACUCUGGUUCUUCCCUUCUGCUGUCUCCAUACCCUGAGCACUUGGUAUCUCACCAUUGCCUGUGAAACAUCCUUAUGGUUCAGAGCCAUAAUGAGCUAAAAUAAAUACUUUUAAUUUAUUUUAUAUGGCCACAACAUUAAUUAAAUACAACUGCAGUCAUACCUUGGUUGUCGAACACCUCAGUACUCUGACGUUUUGGCUCCCGAACGCCGCAAACCCAGAAGUGAGUUUGCGAACGUUUUUUUUUUGGAAGCCGAAUGUCUGACGUGACUUCUGCAACUUCCGAAUGAGUGCAGGAAGCUCCUGCAGCCAAUUGGAAGCUGCGCCUUGGUUUUCAAACUGUUACGGGAGUCAAAUGGACUUAUGGAACGGAUUGAGUUCGACAACCAGGGUAUGACUGUACUGUAUUUCACAAACACACUACUAGGUGUGAACAGAACAGAGUUCAUGCCCUCUGAAGCAGGGCUGGCAAACCUGCAGGCCAUAUAUACCCCUGCCCCAGACAUUUUCAGUAGCUCACAGAGAGCUCUUGGCAUUUGCCCUCCCCCUUUAAUUUUUUUAUUUUAAAAUCACAAGUCAGUGCUGUUUGUGCCUAGGAGACCUUCCCUGCUGAGUAACUCAAGUGGUAGUGUUAUAUUCACUGUCGCUUCUUGGUUCUGUAAUACCAAAAUUUGUUUUGAAGGGCAGGAUGCAGUCCUCUUGACCUAGCACAGCCAUGGUUCAGGCCCUCUGCCUGAAAUAUGCAGGGGGAAAUAGGACUGGGCUUAACUAUUUUUAUAAGGUAGUAGUGAAGAUUGAUGAGAUAAUGUGGAUUAAGCACUUUAACAAUUAAGGCACUGUGCAAAUGUUGUUGUUAUUGAGAGACCUGGAGAACACCUGAAUCAUAGCUACAGUUCUGUUUCAAGUACAGUAGAACUAAUCUCCUCCUCAGCCAAAAACACCAAAGCAAAACUCUCACAGAAAGGGGUGGGGAGGUGCCAAGGCCAUUUAAAGCCAUUCUUUGGAUUGCUAGGGAACUAGAAAGCGCCUGUAAUCUUCCCAUCACUUUCUUAAUGAGCAAGGAGCAUCACAGUUGUUAAUGAGAUGGAGAAAAACUACAGAAAUGAUAUUCGCUGGAGACAGAACCCUAGUGUUAAUUUGCGCAAGCAUGUGAUUUAUUCUGCUGCUUCCAAUGAGACCAGUGGAGCUGAAAACCGCUUUAAAGUGGCUUUAUGAAAAAGAUAGUUAUUGGAUAUGUGCAAUAAUUAAGACUAUUAAUAGUAUGACUGUUUCAAAAGGGAGCUUUUGGCUGAGCUUGAUAUGUCUCUGCCAUGACUGAGCGCUUGUGAAUUUAAUAUAAUUUGUUUAGCAAUUUCUUCACUUAGUGUGAUCAUCUCUAUAAGCUACCUUACAAGGAGAACUGAAAAUUAGAAUUUCAUCUGUGUUUAUGUGUUGGGUUUUGAAAUGUAGGAAGUGAAUGUGUGUUCCAAAGAAAGAGGUCUCUCAAUAAGACGCAAUGACCGGUGGGGGUUUAAAUUCUUUUUUAAAAAAAUAUUUCAUUUUUUUAUUUUUCUUAACUCUUAACUUUUCUUGAGAGUCCCAUGGACUGCAAGAAGAUCAAACCUAUCCAUUCUUAAGGAAAUGAGCCCUGAGUGCUCACUGGAAGGACAGAUCCUGAGGCUCCAAUACUUUGGCCACCUCAUGAGAAGAGAAGACUCCCUGGAAAAGACCCUGAUGUUGGGAAAGAUUGAGGGCACAAGGAGAAGGGGAUGACAGAGGGCAAGAUGGUUGGACAGUGUUCUCGAAGCUACGAACAUGAGUUUGACCAAACUGCAGGAGGUAGUGGAAGACAGGAGUGCCUGGCAUCUCUGGUCCAUGGGGUCACGAAGAGUCGGACACCAUUAAACGACUAAACAACAACAGUGCUUCAGCAGCUUCGAGAACACUGCCCAACCAUCUCGUCCUCUGUCGUCCCCUUCUCCUUGUGCCCUCCAUCUUUCCCAACAUCAGAGUCUUUUCCAGGGAGUCUUCUCUUCUCAUGAGGUGGCCAAAGUAUUGGAGCCUCAGCUUCAGGAUCUGUCCUUCCAGUGAGCACUCAGGGCUGAUUUCCUUAAGAUAGGUUUGAUCUUCUUGCAGCCCAUGGGACUCUCAAGAGUCUCCUCCAGCACCAUAAUUCGCUUUGCUGAAGCAUAGUGUUAGAGUAAUACUGUUUGGAUAGUAUGUGGCGAUGAGGUGGUGAGAUGUGGGAGACAGUGAAAAAUGGAUGUAUUUUGUAGCAUGCUUGCCCUGUCCCCUUACUUGUUUGUGUGGGGUGUUUUGUCCUGCCAUCCCCAACUGUUAAGAGUGCUGUGAGGGAGUUGCUGCAAGGUUCCUGUGAGGGUUCAAGGAAAACAAAUGUUCACACUGUGCUCCAGGUCCUGGCAGGGUUCUGGGGACACAAGUUGUUUGUGCAAAGAGCUCCCUUUGUGUGCAGAGCACCGUUUCUUCCUCUUUUGUAUUGCAGGAGUCCUUUCUUGUGAGCCCUGUGUUGCCAGAGACAAGAGAAAUAAGCCCCACGCUGCAUGACUUGUCAUCUUGAGUUAUGACCUCCCUGUAUGUGGUUUAUAUACUUGUGGUGGUAGGCUGCAUUUGGGCGUUGAGACUACACCAUAGCCUAUGUGAGAGAGGUGCUCACUGAGGUGGGGCGGCGGCUUUUUUUUCAUUUGUUUUCCUCCCACUGCUGUAAAUGGGAGGAAAUUUCUUGCAUGUGGUCUGGGGCUGUUGUAAAGCUACGCUGUCACUGAGGAUGUGGUAGUGGUCUGUGGGGAAGUGCUUCUUCCCUCUGCCAUUUCUGUGCCAGUGGAACAGCUGCACUUCCAUGGUGCUAUGCUGCCAUAUCUGUUAUGGCACCAGUGUCUCUCCUUCCACAGAGUUCCACGUAGCCCCUCAGCCAGCAUAACUCACGCAUAAGAGUGUUCUCUCAUGUGUAGUGUCUUUCCUAAUGUUGUCUUAGUCUAAAACUGUGAAUCAUAAUGCAUCAUGGUUUUUGUUUUGUUUUUAAUAAAAAAGUUAAAUAUUGCUUGUUGGACUAGAAAAGGUCAACAUUUGGGGGACUUAGAUUAUGGUUUUAUAACAAUUUUAAAAACAUUGGUCUGUUUCAAAAAAAGGGCGUAUCUUUCAUUUUGAAUCACACUUUAAUUCUUAAUUACGGUAACUUUGCGAGCACGAAGUCUUCCUAACUGCAGAUAUGUGCCCUUGGCACUUCCUCUUUCUCUGUAUUCUAUGUAGUGGAAAAUUGAAGUAGAUGACUAGUACAAUUGUGCUCUGGCUCCAAUAAUUUAAUGUUGAACUCACAACUUUUCACUUCAGAACUGAUGAUAAAUUACACGAGAGCUAAAUUUCUGUGACAGAUUUUUAUCUGAGGACUUGGGUUUCUGCUAAAGAGUUGAAAGCAACGUAGGAAGCAGCUUUAUACCUUAUAGGUCCACCUAGUUCAGUGUUUUGCUACUCUGACUAGCAUCAGAGGUCCAGAGUUGUCCUUCUAAGGCCUACCUGGAAAGGCCAUGGAUUGAACGGCGGACAUUUAGUAUGCAAAGCAAUUGUUCUAAAUAUGUGUUCUACCACCUUGCUAUGGAAGGGGGGGGGACACAAUUUGGAAGGGGAGAAGGAGAUGCUUUUCUUCUGAACCUACUUUCCCCAGUUUAUUUCCCCCCCACCUUGGGUUUCCAGGUGUGUGGUUUUCCUGUAUGCUAGAGAAAACAGGUUAAGAAUUAAGCACCCCACACUAUCUUCCACAUCUCCAUCAGUCACUGCCUCUUCCUUCUGCUUUUCAGCUGUUCAUCCUCACAUAUUAAAAAUUAGUUAAAAUCAGCAUCCAUCAUUUUUAACUGGACAUUUAAGAAGCACAAAUGUAGUCUGUAAUUAUGGUUUCUUGAUUCAGGCAUCAUGCUGCACCACCAUUGUUUUCAAACCAUGGUUUCUGAUUCUGCAUUCCUGGUUCUGCAAAUCAUGGUUUGGCAAUCCGUACAUCACAACAAGCAUUGUUUUUAAUAUGUUUACAAAUUCAGUUUCCCAUUUUCUAUUGCUUUCUCAUACAUGCAUCUUUGCACUGUUCUUCUGGGGACUGCAAGAUGCAGUAAAGGCUCACCCAUUCAUUCUGUCUUUGAUUUUGGAGCGAGCUGAAAUGAAUCAAUUUAGUGUUGAUAUGGGGAGAUUUUUAAUCCAUCAAAGAAAGUGGGUGUGUCUGGAUAUAUAGUUUGCAACUAUCUCUGUGUCUUACCAAGAAAAGUUGGUGCUGUUUUAAUAAAGCUGUAUUUAGUCUGAGGAGCUAAUUUUCAAUAUUGGCUUCAAACACUUAAUAACUUUUGUGUAGCACUUAGUUUUAAAAUUAUAAAUUUACUCCUAUAAUUUUACAUGUAGAAUCAUGGCUAGAAUGCAAAGAGGAACACACAUUUUUGGGUGUUGAUAUUUCUGUUUGGAAGGAUCCCUUCACAGAAUGCUGCUCUGAAAGGUCCUCCAGUCUUUGAGAGAGAGAGGUGGCCUUUCAGAGAGUGGAAGGAGAAGUUAGCCCCAUGUGUUCCACCUUAAAAGCAAGUCUAGAGCUUGAUUCUUUGAUCACAUUUUGCAGUCACUAAGAAACAUUAGAACUGAAAACGUUCCUCCUAACGGCAAGGGUAUCCAAAUCCUCAAUUUUAGCAAUAACAUCUCAUUUCCUCCCUUUUCCUCCCCACCCUUUAUUUUGCCUAAUACCAGUUUAGAGCUUUAGCUGUUUCCUUGACAGGAAAGGGCAGCGAUUCUGUUUUUCCAUUAGGAGAGGUGUGUUCAACUCAUCCACAUUUAGAGUUCUAAAAACAGCUUAUUUAUUAGUGAUAUAAGUUUGCCCUAAGGGACGCGGGUGGCGCUGUGGGUAAAACCUCAGUGCCUAGGACUUGCUGAUCGCAAGGUCGGCGGUUCGAAUCCCCGCGGCGGGGUGAGCUCCCGUCGUUCUGUCCCAGCUCCUGCCCAUCUAGCAGUUCGAAAGCACCCCUAAGUGCAAGUAGAUAAAUAGGGACCGCUUUCUAGCAGGAAGGUAAACGGCGUUUUCGUGUGCGGCGCUGGUGCUGGCUUGCCAGAUGCCGCUUAGUCAUGCUGGCCACGUGAACCAGAAGUGUCUCCGGACAGUGCUGGAUCCCGGCCUCUUAAGCGAGAUGAGCGUUCAACCCUAGAGUCAGACACGACUGGCCCGUACGGGCAGGGGUACCUUUACCUUUAAGUUUGCCCUUGGCAAAUGUUUGGUUUGAUGAGGGAAAGAGUCAGGGUUUGCUGCUGGGCCUGCACAAAGUGUAGGUUGUAGAUCUGUUAACUGAUUGGAAGAAUGUUAAGUUGAUCUGUCUUUUAACCAGUUAGCUGAUUUAACUUUUUUUGUUUAGAUACAAGCUACUGUAAUCUCAAUAUUGUUGCCUUUGUUGCAUUUCCAAAAGAAGUGUAAAAUAACUUGUUUAUAAAUCUUCACAUUAUAACGUUGCUAUUUACAGUUCAGUACACAAGAGCCUUGGUAGAAUAAGAGAAGAUUUGUGAUAUUUUCUUUCUCAAUCCUUAUUUCAGCAAUACCUCAAAACCAAAAAUAAACAAGUGUGCCCUUCCACUCUUACCCUUUUGCAAUUAAUCAACAGAUUUAAGCCAACUGCAGUUUACAGUCCUGGUGGCUCAAGCAGCUUCCACUAGAGUGAAUUAUAUAUCAAUGCAGUUUAUUGUUUUUUCUCCAUAGGGUCGAAAUAAGAAGAAACCUGCUCCGGUGAAGUAUGAAACUGGAGAUCUUGUAUGGGCAAAGUUCAACAGACGUCCGUGGUGGCCCUGUAAAAUUUCCCAUGAUCCUGUGCUAGACACGCAUUCAAAAAUGAAAGGUAAUAAAAUAUUAUUUGCAUUACAUGAUCAGACUUUUAGUGAUUUGUAUUAUCCAUACACAGCUCACUUUGCAGAUUAGCCUCCAUAAGUGUGUAUUGACCAGGGUGGCUGUCAAAUAAGCUGCCUGGGUGAAGCUGGUGAUAUUGAGGGGGGUGGGCUGUGUAUCUUUAAUGUUUGUAUAGCUUGUCAGGCAAGCUGCACCAGCUGCAGCUUCCUCUGUCAAAAGUUCUGGAGUCCUGUACUCACUCUCUCUCUAUAUAUAUAUAUUUGGCUUGGUCACCCUGCCAUGAAAAAGUGAAAGGGUAGUAACAGGCAUCGCUGUUUUAGAUUGCAAGCCCUUCAUUUCUUAUUUUAAUUGCAUACAUAACCAUGUGCAUUGAUGGCAUUACAUGAAUGCUAAUGAUAAUAAUAAGGCCCAGCCCUAACCUGGGAUAAUUAGAAUGUUUCAUGGAAAUCAGUGGAACUUGUUUGCUUAGUGGUUUGUUUAGGAUUACAGGUAGGUAGUGGAAGCCUAUGGCUCUCCACUUAGAAGCAAGCCCAUUGAGUUAAGCUGGACUUACUGCUAGGUAAAGGUAUAUAGAAUUGCACUUGGUCUCAUCCUGUGUCCACUUUCCUCGGAGCAAGUCCAGUUAAACUCAAAGAGCUUAUUUUUAAGUAGACGUGCGUAAUACUGUUCAAGUAUUCAAUACUGGGAGAUUGUGAAGAAGGGCAUUCUCAAAGUUCUGGAGUUUAGGAGGUGCAAGAGGAAGCCUUUGGUGGAAAGAGAAUAUAGUUCAGUGGGUGGGUUUGCUGAAGGAGUAUGUCAUGAAGUGAAAUAUUAAGUGGUGAGAGAAAAAUGUGAAAAUGUUAGAAAUCAACCAAGAAGACAGGAGUAGGGAGAGUGGACCAAGUGCAAGGAGUGAGUGUUAUUUCUUCACAACAGGUAAAUUAUUGCCUCUUAUUGUAAUUUAAAACGUGUGUGCCACCAUUGCAAAGUCUCUGGUAUUUUGAAUUAAAUCCACUGUCCUUCAGAACCCCAUAUUCCCCCCCCAAAAAAACCCCGCUAUGCUUGCAUCCCUGAGAACUUCAACCAGGAACCAAUUUGAAGAGUAAAACUGUUCUUCUAAAAAUGAAAAUUUGAAGUAGAAUAGGCAGUGGUUGAGAGAAUGGUACCCAAAGACGCAUUGACCUCCUCUCCCAGACUCUUGUCCACAUAGUGUCCAAAUAGCUCCCUAACAGUAUCUGAAAUAUGUAUGCUGAAGUAGGAAAGAAAAAGAAAUUAAAAUUUGUGCUGUUUACUCAUUCAUAAGAUGUUUCUCUUUGGGGAAACAGUUGCUUAUCUAUCCUAUGAUGACAGCUUCUGAACUCCUUUUAACCCAUGGGUAGGCAAACUAAGGCCCGGGGGCCGAAUCCGGCCCAAUUGACUUCUAAAUCCGGUCCGCAGAUGGUCCGGGAAUCAGUGUGUUUUUACAUGAGUAGAAUGUGUCCUUUUAUUUAAAAUGCAUCUCUGGGUUAUUUGUGGGGCCUGCCUGUUGUUUUUAUAUGAGUAGAAUGUGUGCUUUUAUUUCAAGUGCACCUUUGGGUUAUUUGUGGGGCAUAGGAAUUUGUUCAACCCCCCCCCCCCCCAAAAUAUAUAUAUAUAGUCCAGCCCCUCACAAGGUCUGAGGGGCGGUGGACCGGCCCCCAGCUGAAAAAGUUUGCUGACCCCUGUUUUAACCCCUGACUCAUUCAAAAAGUAAAACACAGGGAGCAGUGAAUGCAGAGGGCCAACAACCUCUAGCAAAAUUUGGAACUUUAGAGUUCUCUCCAGAAUUUCAAAGAAAAGACUGAUUUAAUAUUUAAUAUAAUUCUCUCUGAAAAAUGGGUUCUAAAUUAAAUCUGUAUUAGUUAGCUUCAGUGAGCAUGUGGAUAGGACCAAAAAGCAAGAGCCACACCAAAAGAAAUACAGUGGUACCUCGGGUUAAGAACUUAAUUUGUUCCGGAGGUCUGUUCUUAUCCUGAAACUGUUCUUAACCUGAAGCACCACUUUAGCUAAUGGGGCCUCCCACUGCUGCUGCGCUGCUGGAGCAUGAUUUCUGUUCUUAUCCUGAAGCAAAGUUCUUAACCCGAGGUACUAUUUCUGCAUUAGCGGAGUCUGUAACCUGAAGCAUAUGUAACCCGAGGUACCACUGUAGUAAAAAUAACCGACACAUCAUGAAAAAUUGUGUAUAUUUAUUUAAGACAGUGAAAGCAUAAUACAAAAUGAACAGUAAAUUAUAUUUAAAAAAAUACACUACAGAUGAAAUAAUUAUAAUGGGGCAACCACAUGCACUAUAUGCACUAUAUGGGAAUAUGAAACAACUUGCACUGACUGCUUAUAGUACAUAAGUUAUUAUAGGUAAAUUACCACUUAUCCUUCUAACACUCUCCCUCAAGUCCAGCUAACUUAAAAACAAAUGCAGUAAGAAUGUUUCACUAUUUUAUAAAGGUCUGCUUAAACAAUAUAUGAAAAUUAGUCAAGAUUUGAAAGAGAGUGAGAUGUAGGGAUAUUCGGAUAGACUUGAGAACUUGGGAGGAAUAAUGAGUACAUAAAUGAUUUUACCAAAAGCUCCAUAUCUACCAGACUUGUUGUGGUGAGGUUUGUUGGUUCUAGAUGGAAGAUUCCUGAGCAAAAAAUGGAAGUACAAAUCUCAGCAAACAUACAAGCUUGCCCCAAGAAAUGCAAAAUUCACAGACCUGUUCUACAUCUCCCAACACCACCAAGCCAGCGUGCAUUUCAGGCAAUGUGCUGUUGGGGGAGGGAGAAAAAGCAAUAUAAACUAAAAGCUGUACGGAAACACUGAGAGAGAAAGAGAAGAGCAGCCCCCCCCCAGUCUUACUUCUCCGUUUUCCUAAUUUUAAACACCUCCCAUUUCAAAUCCCUAGCCACACUCUGGUUUUCUCUGGUAACCCCCUUAAAUAAGUUUACCCAUUAAAAAUCAGUCCAUUAAAUCAUGACUUACACCAAAAUUCUCAGACUUCUUCAUUACUCUUCCUUAAUAGCAACCCUGAAUCUCUCAGCUUUCUUUAUCAAAACUAGAAGUCAUUUCUGCCAAGCCAGGAAGAAGAACCUUGAAAGUACUUGGUUCUGCCCUGCUUUCUUAAGCUAAUUGUCCAAAACAAAGACUUCAGUCUUUGAAAAGGAAAUAAAACGUUGGUUGAAAAAAGAAUUAUCUUCUAAUGUGACACACAUAUAGAAUAAAGGCACAUAUGCAGACAAUUACCAGAUAACAGGGGGAAACUUCACUCUCAUUAAAAUGCCCACUUCUUAUCCUACACUCCUCUCCCUCUUCCACCCCAUGGUUUAUAAUUGGGGUAUUUUCCGUUGAACAGCUGCUUCCCAGUCUAAUCAUACAGAGACAUAACUGUAAAACCUGAACAACAAAAAAAACACAUUUCACAUCAAAAGGUACCUAGAGUUAUUAGUGUAUUGAAGUAAUAAGAUACUUCUUUCUUAAUUCAACAAAAGUGCUGUGUUCUUCCAGCUCAGGCUUGAAUAGAUUACAGGAAUACAUUUUGCCCUCCUCCUUGCUUUUAAUUAGAAUAGCAAGUAACCAGAAAUCGGUAAUCUAGGGGCACCUUUGGUGUUGCUUUCAGAGAGAGGUUAACCCAUCUUCAUAGGUUCCAUUGCCGUAUUUAUCACAAAGCUUUUGUCGUAGGAAGAGUGCUCCCGUUAUUCAAGGAUGCUUAGCCAGCAUCUUUUCUGUUCCUGCAGCCAUCGACCUAGGCAUAGCGAUCGUCAUGGCUUCCUGAAACCAAAAUUUGGUGCAUACAAUAUGUGGAUCUGCUCCUUCCGUACGGCACCCUGGAACCCAGAAAAUAAGUCCAAAAGGGACUAGACUAUCACCCUCUAAUGGUGAACUCAGGUGGUGAGUGCCAAUAGAAAUAGAGCCAAAUUAAUGCAUAUGACAAACAAGAGGGCAGGAACCAGUGUGCUCUGGGGAAUCCUGAGUGAAAUACAAAACAAGGGUGCAACCCCCCCCCCAUGUUGCAUCAUUUAUUCCAGGUCCCAUUUGUUAGAUAUGUUUUAGAAAAUACUUUGGGGGCAUUCCUACACCUUGACACCAAAUGCUAAUCUUGCCAAUUUUGUCUUUGAUAGUGUCCAAUCGCAGACCACAUCGAGAAUACUAUGUGGAAGCCUUGGGAGACCCAUCUGAAAGAGCUUGGGUUGUGGGGAAAGCUAUUGUAGUCUUUGAAGGAAGACAUCAGUUUGAAGAACUGCCUGUCCUUCGGAGAAGAGGGAAGCAAAAAGAGAAAGGUUACAAGCACAAGGUAAAUCUCAUGUUCUCAUUUGGUUUGUUCUUGAGUCUUCUCAUCUGAGUGCGAAACCUAGGUGUAUGAUCUAGUGGAAGUGAAGUACUUCUUAAAGACCAUGGAUCGCAGUCGGAAAAAUUUAAACUCAUGCUCAACUCUCUCACUGAACUCCAUCAGCUUACAAAGUUGCUCCAUUUUUUGGGAUUGCGUUUCUUAUACUUUGAAGCUGCUUUAAAAAUGACUGAUAUGAUUUGAGACUUGGAGGCUGCUGCUGAAGGAAUGUCUUUUGCGUUGACUUGUCCAUAUAGCUACCUGAGAAUAGACUGGAAAUAUAAUCGUGUAAAUCGGGCCAUUACGUUAGAUACAGGUAUAUAAAGAGAACUUUUGACAACACGUUUCAAUGUUAUUAAUAGAGAAAACAUUGUAUCUGAAGGGCAAAUGUGGAGUAAUAUGGGCAGGAAGGAAAACCUACUGUAUUUCAAUAUCUUAGUCUACAGCUUGAAUUCCUUCUGGAGCCAGCAUCCCAUUUUGUGGUCCUAGCUCUGUGUUAAUAUUUCCAAAACUGAGAUUCUGGCACAAAACAUCCAGGCAACCAUUUUCUUGAGACUAGGAUCAGAAGGAUUCAGCUAUAUUCCAGUUUUGGAACUUGUUAAGCUCUCGGAGAGCCAGAAUGGAACCAGACUGUUGGUUCUUAAAAUAAAAAAAGGUGACAGAGCAGCUUUUAAAUUGAUUGUGUGGGGGAAGCUGAAAGCAGCUGCAGAGUCCUGUUCAGAACAAAUCGUGGCCUAGAGAGGAAGGGGGGAAUUAUUAUAAUUUAAAUUGGGGAGGGGGUAGAAUGUGUCACUGAGAGUGCAGGGGCCCAUGAUAGCAACUGAGAGGCAAGCAGGUGUCAGAGAUAUUUGGAGAUGGAGAUGGAGUAAAAAGCCUUGCGAGUUGAUAUAUUUCCCAGUGUGCAUAUGUAUUUGAAUUGUUUUUAAGAUGUGUAGUGUUUUAUUCCUUGUUGUUUGCCACUUUAGACUCCUUUGGAAGGUGUGUCUUUGUGUGUGUGUGUGUGUGUGUGUGUGUGUACACACUGGUGCUAGAAGCCUCUGAGUCAAGAUGAGUGAGCUGGAGUGCUUGGCCUUAGAUGAGAGCAUUGAUAUAGUGGACAUAAUGGAAGCCUGCUAUAAUGGAGAGAACCACUAGAACACAGUUACCUCUGGGUACAAACUCUAUAAGAAGGACCAAGAAGGGCAUACUGGAGACGAUGCCACUCUGUGGGUGAAAGAAAACAUAGAGUCCGACAAGCUAGAAAUCCCCAAAGGAGCAGACUCUUCCUGGACUUAAGUGGCAUGCAGGACCUGGUGUGAGAUGUAAAUGUUAUAGUACCUAUUGGGAGCAGUGACCAUAGUGCUAUCUAAUUACAUACAUUUGUAAAUGGACAGUUGCCAAGAAAAUCCAGCACAGUCACAUAUGACUUCAAAAGAUGAAACUUUCCUGAAAUGAAGGGAUUGGGGGAAAGGAAAAGGAAGUUGAAAGGCAUAAUCAAGAGAGCCAAAUCUCUCCAGGUCAGGAAAGGUGCCACCAGGGCCAGGAGGAUACCAGAGUGGUUAAUGAGCAGAGGCAAAGAGCUAUUAGAGCCAAGAAGGUUUCUUUUGUCGUUUUUUAUGUUAUCAACAAGGCCUAGAACAUCAUCUCUUGUCACAACUGACUCAGUUCAUCAGACUCCCUUCCUGUGAAAGUUAGAUCAGGCACAGAGAUCUGCUAUAUAUAAUCCACCAAGGAAACAGAUGCAAAUAAUUUAUUCAGCUUCUCUGCAAUCUCUUUAUCCUCCUUUAGCAUACCUUUGAAUCCCCAGUCAUCUGAAGGUAAAGGUAAAGGUAAAGGGACCCCUGACCAUUAGGUCCAGUCGUAACCAACUCUGGGGUUGCGGCGCUCAUCUCGCUUUAUUGGCUGAGGGAGCUGGCGUACAGCUUCCGGGUCAUGUGGCCAGCAUGAUUAAGCCGCUUCUGGCUAACCAGAGCAGCGCACGGAAACGCCGUUUACUUUCCCGCUGGAGCGGUACCUAUUUAUCUACUUGCACUUUGAUGUGCUUUCGAACUGCUAGGUUGGCAGGAGCAGGGACCGAGCAACGGGAGCUCACCCCGUCACGGGGAUUCGAACUGCCGACCUUCUGAUCGGCAAGUCCUAGGCUCUGUGGUUUAACCCACAGCGCCACCCACGUCCCAAGUCAUCUGAAGGUACAAGCGCCUAAAUGAUCUGCUAUUAAUGUAUUUAAAUAAUAUUCUAUUGUUAGUAUUUAUGUUUAAGCAAUGUGCUCUUCAAUUGUUUUAUAGCAUCCCUUAUUGCCUACUUAGCAAAUGAAAGUCUUGUCCAAUGAGGAAAACAAAAAGGAGCACAAGUUUUGGCAAAAGAAAUGUAAGCAGGCAAUAGGGGAUGCAAUAAAACAAUCGAAGUAGCAGAAUAUCAUUUAGGCGCUUGUACCUUCAGAUGACAGGGGAUUAUAUAUAGCAGAUCUCUGUGCCUGAUCUAACUUUCACAGGAAGAGAGUCUGAGGAACUGAGUCCGUUGUGACAAGAGAUGAUGUUCUAGGCCUUGUUGACAAAAUAAAAAAUGACAAGUCACAUUCAUGUUCUUCAUGAAUCUAGUUUUGAUCUGGGGUUAUGUGCUGCAGUUACAUUUUGUGAAAGAAGAUAAUGUUCAUAUCUGUGUGUAAUUUCAUCUUUUUGUGUAUUAUAAUUUUUUUGUAACUUCUUUUCCCCUUCCUUUACUUUCCAGGUUCCUAAGAGGUUUCUGGCAAAAUGGGAGAUCAGUGUUGGCCUUACAAAUGAUUAUUUAAAGCAGAACAGUGCUCAAAAAUACAUCCCGACUUCCAGCAAACCAGACAGUGAGAAGGAUGUGCAUUUAAUGGGAUCUUGUACAAAGGACUCCUUAAAUGAACAGAGCAGACAACUGAAUGGAUGUUUGAAAUCACUAACAUUGGACUCCAAACAUUUGACCCAUGAUAAGGGGAAAGUGUUCACCAAAUCCCGAAACAAGAAGAGCUCCGACACCCGGAGGAGAACUAGAGUAAGAAAAAGUAGCACCAAACUGGAGGCAUCCAAGAGAGAAAGUGGGGGGAAAGGGCCAGUAAGCAAAGCUAAAAAUAUGGUUGCUGCAGAUAUGCCAGAGAAGCAGGCUUCUCAUGAACUUUGCAGAAUAGCAAAGAGCCUAAUGGGAUCCAAAGGCAGCAUGGAAAACUACUUGCUCUCUUCUUUUGGAGAAAGACAAUUCGAAAAUAAAUAUAAGAAACCAGGGUUUGAUAAUAGCAGCUGCCAGCAGGAAACAUCCAAAGCGGACGUGAAGAAAAAGAGAAAUCCAGCAGGCUUCACGUGCAGUUCAAAGCUACAGCAGCACUAUACCAGAACUGAUGCUGGAGCAGAGAGGAAACAAAUAGACUCUGAUUCAUCAGAUAACGGUACCUGUGAUCUAGACUCCCUUGACCAAAGUUUAGCAGCAGCAGCAGCUUAUAGUAUCUUGAAGAAUAGUGACUCUGUAAAUAAAAGUGGAAAAGAACUGUGUUCAGGGCAAAGAGAUAUUAAACAUUCUGCACCUGUCUCAAAAAGCAGCAAUCGAAGCUGCAAACCUCCAGAAGGUUCUCUAGACAGGAAUAUCAAUGUUGAAACAGGAGGUGAGGAAUUCCGUGAGCCAUCCCUUGCAGCUGAGGUGGCUUCAGUUUACAGGAAUGACAAUCUUAUCAAUGUAGAUAAGCACACUACACUCCAAAGUAAGGGGUUUAUAAGUCAAAUGGAUGCAAAACAGCCUCAGUUCAGAAGUAUAAAAUGCAAGCAUAAAGAAACUGCUGCUGGGACAGACUCCUCUCUUAAGGAAGAUGAAUGUAGCCCCGACUGCUGCUUUUCUGCUACCAAAGGUUCUCCUGGGUCUCAGUUAGAUAUGCCUAACAAAAGUGGGAAGGCUGAUGGCCCCAAACUGCUGAACAGCACAAAUGAGAAACCCGGUGAUUCUGCUGAAAUAGAAACGGCAGUUGUGAAACACGUGCUUUCAGAACUGAAGGAGCUGUCGUAUAGGUCCAUGAAUGUUGAAGCGAAAGACUGUGGGCCGCCUAAGACCACAGUGCCCUUACUCUUUUCAUCUGUCUCUGGGCAGAACCAUUUGCCUAUUGAGCCCGAUUAUAAAUUCAGCACCUUAUUAAUGUUGUUGAAAGAUAUGCAUGAUAGUAAGACGAAAGAGAAGCAGAUCAUGACUACUCAGAACAUAGUCUCUUAUAGGAGUUCUCACAGCGAUGAUAGUUCUGGAAGUAACACUCCAAGUGAUUUGACAUCUUUGCCUACAAUGGGAACCACUCAUAAAUUAGAAAAAAGCCAAGAUAGUGUUCGAGAACCAGAGUGUCAGAAACCCAAAGAAGGUCAGUCCUCUUUUUCACAUGGUAUCGCAACCAAGUUGAUCGAUCCCGGUGCUAACAAAAGGGAACUCACAAACGCUUCUGUUUCUGGUACAAACUGCACCGCAAGGCGCAGCUGUCCAAAAUCUAAGCAGCUAUCUAAACUAGUAGCUAAUGCAGCAUCAAAGAGCAAAACACUAAAGCGGUUGUCUAAUUCAGCUGAGAGUGUGCCCCGCCAGGAUAGAGCUGCCCAAGGCUCAGUUGCUAGUGCUCUAGACAAUGCAAAGGAAGAUGUUGCAAGGAAAGUGUCUUGGGAGUUGAUGGGACACUCCCCUGACGAAGACUCUGCAAGUUCCUCUGAUGACAGUUUAGUUCGUAUAAGAAUGAAGUCAGAAUAUGAUAAAAAGAGAGAGAGCUGCAACUCCUUUGAAAAUGGGGAGUUGGAUUCAGGACUGAAUAGAGAAGGCUCCUUGGGUGAUGAGCCUAGAGAUGUAUGCCACGUAGCGCCCAAAAAGCGAUGGCAGCGUUUUAACCAAAGCAGUGCUAAAGCUGGUAAGCACAUCAGUAGAUCUAGGGAAGCAGAACAGUUAUGUGCCUUUGACCUCUACAGAAUAAAAGCAAGCUUCAGACUGUAGGCUUCUCCUCACUCUUUAAAAAGGGAGCAUGCAUUAUAGGCAAGAACUGUGAGAAGCACUUAGUUAGCUGGGCAACAUUUUGCAGAAUCAGAGGGAUGAAACAAAAAUACAGUUCUUACAGAAUUGAGAGUUUUACAGUUUUGAGAUCCUAGUUUGAGUUCUCUGUACAAGGUAAGGAUUCCUUGUGCUGCACCACUGCAGAUUGGGGGAGCUGGAACCACAUGGUGAAAUCUUCCACCCUAUAAAUAAAUAGAUAGAUAAAUAAAUAUAUAUGGAGUAUUACUCAGUAAUGGGCAAGAUCCUACCUGAAGUCUAUAAGUGGUACAGCUCAUAAACUCUUCAGCUGUCUGCAUCUGCAGGUUGUGAGAACUAGCCCUUAAGAGGUUUUGUGCCACGAGUUGCAGUGCAUAAAAAUCUUAAGGUUAUCCAAUUGAAAUGCUGGUUGUUACUCUAGCUUUUCUCUUCCACAAAUUUUAAUACAGGUUCACUUUAAUCUUUUAAAACUAGAAACAGCGCUUAAGAAGGCAUAGUGUGAUUUGGAAAUAAAUAUUUAUGGUUUCUCUUACCUUGUGCAGAAGCUUUAUUUAUAAAUUAAAACAUGAUGGACCCAAUUCUAGCAUGAAAGUAUAAUAUUUACUGCUCAGUAUUACAGGAGACUCAUGAGAAGGAAAAAUUGCAGAUAAAAGUUUAGUAGUACCGAAUAAUGUGUGUUUAUUUCUCUCUGUGGAAAGCAAGUGGUCUGCUAAACUGAGUGUAUUGCCAACAACACAAUCCUCAGAAGUAAGUCUUUUGGCUUACUCAUAGCUAAAUAGGUGCAGAAUUGCAGUCUAACACAACUUUACCUGAGAGUAAGCCCAGUAGGACUAACUUGCAAGUAAGCAUGUCUACGGUCGUGCUGCAUGUUGGGUUAGGACUCAAGAAGUCACCACCAUAAACUGCAGCAAUUUAAACUUGAAUCUUACAUUCUAUAAACUUUUCAAUCUUGUUUUGUUGUUCCCCAUUAGUAGUUUUUGAUCAGUGAUUGUGCAUUGGGUGGCAACAUGAACUAAAUUUCAAAAUGUAGAGGGCUGGCCUACCCUGUUUGCGAAAUGCAAAUUGCAUGCUAUGUGAAAUACAAGAUAAAGCAAAAGGUGUGAGCCAAGGAUGGCAGUCCUAGUUCAUGACUUAUCUCUGUGUACACUUACCUAGCAUAAAUUAACUGCACUCCCAUUUAACUUUCUGCUGGAUCUGAGACACAUACUCUUGAAUGGUAAUGGCCCCACCACAUUUUGAAAACAGAUUUUGCAACAUUCUGUGAAGAAUAGGUAUAUUUGAUAAAGGAUUGCAGUAAUGUUUGUGGAUUGCAGUAAAACGCAGGGAAUGUUGCAAGAUGAGCAAUAAAGUAUUCUUAACUAACUUUUAUGAGGAAAGUAUCCAGAUCUUGCCUUCUGCAGAAGACAAAAGGUUAAUUUGGCAAAUACACAAUUAUAAUGAUUUUUAUUCUGGCCAAGUGCCAAACACGCUGCAUUCAGUUUAGCUUCUCCAUACACCUGUUCAGAGCAUUUCAGAUUCCCCCUUCCAAGGGCAGCUAUUCCCAAAGAUUUCCAGGGGUUGGGCAGUGGCAGCACUUUAGAGUAAAAAUAGGUAAGAUCAUUCUGUUUCAGUUUCCAUGUACUCACUCACAGGUCCAUUCUGUUCUGUUUUUAGGAGGGGGAAUUGAUUGCAUUUUAAUAAUAUGCACUUUCCUGUGAUAUGCAUUUUCUAUGCAUCUUUCCUAUAAAACACAUUUCUAUAUGAUUUACAGUGUAUCCCCCCCCUGCUGCAAUAUGCAUUUUUGUAAACAUUGCCCCCAUGAAACAUGCAUUUCUGCAUGCACUUUUUGAAAACCAAAACUGCAUCGCUAAGUGGGCAAACUGAUAGCUGCAUUCCAACCCACCCAUAAAUCCAGGGACAGCCAAUCUGACACUAAAAAAACUCAAAGCAGUUUAUAAAAAGAAUAAAGAGGGGGGAAAUAGUCUGUGUUUAGCUUAUUUAAAAAGUUAAAAACAGAUUACAACACCUGUAAACAUUCUACGUAUCUGAGUAAGCAUGUCCAAACAAACAUGCCAAAAGGACUACAGCGAAUGUCCCUGGCCUGAUUUCAGUAGGCAGGGAGUUCCAAAUUGUGGGUGCUGCUGCUAAAAAAAAUUCUUAGAAAUGCAGAAUGAGUAUUGUUUGGCACUUGUAAUGGUGUCCGUUCCACAGAUUGAAGCAGCUGAGUUGGCGCAUAUGGAGGACAGCGAUUUCACAAGUAAACUGUGUUUCUGAGUUGUAUAUACUAAUAGUAGCACAUUGUUGCUACUAUAUACUAAUAGUAGCACAUUGAACGUGGCCCAGUAGCAAACCUGCAGGCCUCUGAGAACAGGUGUUAUAUGUUGACGGAGUCUCAUUUCUGUCAGUAAUUGUAUUGCAGCAUUCUGCACUAACUGCAGCUUCCCGAUCAAGUGCAAGGGAACCCCCCCCCCAAUAGAGCACAUUGCAGUAAUCCAGACUUUCUUACUGACAUUGCUUCUGUUUUUCCCUAUGCACCUCCUCCUUUUUUUCUUAAUCAUCUUUAUGUAUUAUUGUAAGCAACCACAGUAACUCCAGUGUUAGGAAAUGCUUUGAUUCACGAUGAUUCACUAUGUGGCACUCCACCACAAAACCAUGAGAUGUUACUGUACAAAUUCAGUAAUCCAAGUUACAGUCUCUCACAUUGGUAUCAAAAUAAUUUUUACUCAAUAGCUACAGCCAGAAUGAGGAUGGGUACUAUUUGUGUUAUGCUGUGAACCUUACAGAGAUAGAUAAGGGAUAGCCAGCUUCCUUCACCCAAGAGAUUGAUGCUCUCUGUUCUUGUUGUGGCCGGAGGAGGUUGAUGCUAGAGGAAAUGUCCAUAGCUGCUCAAUGACUUCAUCAGGGUUCGGCAGGUGCCUCUACAGGUCCUCCUUUCCUCUAGUUUCAGCCUGAUGACUCCCAUGCAUGUUUAUGGUAAAGACAGAAGGCAGUUUGGAAGAAGCAGCAGAGGCAUUUUAGCCCUUACAUCAUCUUUCCUUCUACAGAGGGGAGAGUACUGCUAUUGUAAGGGAUUGAGAGAACCAGACACCAUUCUGUUGCUUAUGGACUACCAGUUGCCCAGCUCAUAGAUAUUUACUCUUCGUUUACAACAGAGUAAUCAAAGCUUAAAAUGAGAACUUUGCACAAUGCUAUUCAGUUAAAAAAGGAAAAAGUGGAAAGUCAACAGGUGUAGCAGACAAAUUUGUUAGAAUGAAUUCAUACACUUCAAUCUGCAAAUAUUUCGGGCACUUUACAGUUCGCCUCUAUAAAAAUUAGUUACCCUUAUGGAAGUUGGAGCUAAAGUUAGCUCUUUUGUUACCCCCUGCUUAAACUAUAGCCGGGUUCAGAUUCAUUCUUAUAAAUUUGUCUGUCCCUACAGGAUUCCUAUUUUUUUCCAGUGCUGCUUUAAUCCUACCCAGUGUCUAUGGCUAAGCAGGGAACUCUGCUUUUCUGAGUUCCACUUAUAAGCACUAGCUGCAGUGCUUCACUGUGAAGAUGAUAUAUCAGAUUAGACAUAGAGUCUUCUUUGGAGAUCACUCAUAGCUGAGUAAGAUUGUCUUCGAUAAACACAGUUUUAACAAUGAGUCCAUAAGUGACUGUGGAGGCCAAUUCUGGAUCCACAUGUCCUUCCACAGUGGGGACAUUGGCUUCUGGGCAGGAGUUGAUCACAUUGAGGGUUUGCCAAGCAUGCCUUCCUCUUAGCAUGUUUCUCCCUUGCAUCCUGAGUUUGAGUGUCUUCAAAGACAUAGAGUAUAAUACUGUGUUCCACAUACUGAUUUAGAUCCAGCAUUCUCAUGAGCAGAACUCCAUUCAUGGAAUGCUACUGCUAGAGGAGGAACCCAUUUUUUCCAGUUCCACCUUCCUUCCUCAACCCCCUGAAAAGCUGAACCUCUGGGACAGUAUGGGGACUGCAAGGGGAAGGGGAAAUCAGGAAAUAUCAUUUACCCAACUUCUUCCAGUGAGCCUUUGCAGGAUAUCAGUAGUCCCUCCACAAAUGGAAAAGCUUAUCUAUUAAUGGAAAGGACACACUGGAUUCAACAUGUUGUAGAAAUUAAUAAUAAUAAUAAUAAUAAUAAUAAUAGUAGUAGUAGUAGAAAUGUACGUUGUAAAUACUGCAAUUCACAUUGGCUGAACAGGAAAAGGGACUUCUGAGUUUUUUCUCUGGAUAUGUAGCCACUCUUGUUUCAGGACCAGCUUUAUUUCAGAACUGCUUCCAUACUGUGUUGGGAGGAGCCACCUGUUUUGCUUGUUUGCAAUAUUGAUGUUUAUUGUUUUUCAACACAGGAUUCCCUUGUGUUUUUUUUUUUUUUAGCAACAAGCAAAAACUUUUAAAAGAGGAGAGAGAAAAAGAUUUCCUAAGACACUUAUAAUGGACUCAUUUGUACAAUCCAGUUUGAGAGUAGGUUAAAAAAAUGUUGAUUUUUUUUUAAUAUAAAAAAGACAAAACUCAGAGGUUUAGGAGAGUAUCCUAGAAGAAAGUCAUACUACAGUUUUACAGAUUUGACUUAAUUCCUGCUUCAACCACAAUAUUUCAGUCCUAGUUUCUUACCCUCAAAAGGGGUAAUGCAGUUUUCCCUGCUUGACUUGCACAUGGCACUGCUAGGCCAGACUGGGCACAAUUUACUGCACUGAGACCCAGGCAAGAAUAGCCUGCUGACACUGGGGACAAGAUGUUGAUGGCAGUCGUUGCAGCUCACUUGCUUUCCAUAAUUGGGCAGGAACCAGGUCCUUUCCCUUUGUGGGGUGACGGUUGUGGGGUUUGCAUGGAUUAGGAUCACUGUGUGGAUUCCUACUGAAUAAUGAGAGGUGGCACGAUGGUCAGGGAAGAAGCUUUUUUAUGAAAACCUGAAGGAAAGGGCUGCUUUUGAACUAUUAUGGCAGAAGAGGAUUGCUAAAAAACUUAAAUGACAUAGUCAAGGAGUCUCAAGCAUCUGAGCUAUGCACCUCAGAUUCAUGAGAUCAUCACUUUGUUGAGGGCACUGGAAAAUGGCACAGGAGCUUCAGCAGACCCUGGCCAUAAUGAAGGGCUCUAUCCCAGCCCUUCUGAUCUUCUCAGAAGACUAAUCCUGAGGCUCUUUCUCCUUUUUUUAUCUUCUCAGUAGCUCAUUCAGAGAAGAAACGCCUUAGGAAGCCAAGUAAGCGGCUUCUGGAAUAUGCAGAAGAAUAUGAUCACAUAUUUGCACCUAAGAAAAAGAAGAGGAGCCAGGAGCCAUUUCGGAAGGUGGGUAUGAAACAAAGAAACAGGUAUAGGCACCCGCCAGAAAUUGGGAAACUGUCAUCUUGGUAGUUUUCUUUUUUUAAAAUAGGGUUUUUAAAACUAGAACUGGGAUCCAACAUGUGUGUAUGCUUUGGGGGCAGGGUAGUGGAAUUCCACUUCUGGCUGAGGCCCCUUGCAUCACAUGCAAAUGCCACCUGAGAAAUUGCCUCAAACUUUAGGAGUAGCUUAUCAGAGGGCAGGUGGGUGAUUAAACAAAGGAACCCCAAAGAACUCUGGUGCUUUUUUGGAAUGCUGCAGGUGACUCUUAAGACAGGGCAGAAGCUUAGUGUUAGAGACUCUUGCUUUCCAUGCAGAAGGUCCCAUGUUCAGUCCCUGGCAUCUGAGAAUGUCCCCUGUCUGAAACCCUGGAGAGCCACUGCCAGUCAGUGUAGACCAAAUUGUGCUAGAUGAACCUAUUGUCCAGUUCCAUACAGAGAGCAGCUUCCUAUGUUCCUUCCCAAGGAUCCUAGCUAUUAUGAGCCAAGUUUUUUGAAACAAAAAGUACAGACAUCUCAGCAAUUCCACCCCACUUUUAUAUACCUUCAUGUUGUCUCGGAAUGAGCAAAGUGAUUGAAGGAAAAACAGAAGUGCCUGGCUGGGCCUUGGACUAUGGCUUUGGCUCUUGCUUUUCUUUGACUUUCUUUUUUGCUCCAGAUGGGUUGGCUUUGAAGCACACACAUCAGCCAGGAUUGUUGUUGCAAGUGUUGUAGUGGACCUUGGUUAUCUGCCUCAAGAACAUCAUGCUUAACCUUUAUGCUACAGAUUCCUGUAGUACUUUGAAUUACAAAGCAUAUAAUUUAAAAAGAUAUAUAUAUUCCUGGUCAUGACUGAAAUAAGCAGGUUUUGCUUUAUGAUUUCAAUUCAUCAAUGUUUCUUACUUCAGUUGUGAGAAGGGCUAUACCUUGAAUAGGUUUCUUUUUUAAAUGAAGGCUCAAUAAAUAAAUAACUAUAGUGCAUUUUCAAUAUUAGAAACAUCGUAUUUCAUCAGCGCACAUACAUAACUAUGGGUUAUACAGCUGCCAAUGAAAACAGCAUCUCCAUAGGCUAGUUGUCCCUCACUCCCCAGUGAUGUCUAGUGAUUCUCACUCAGUGGCAUGAAGUCAUCAGACUAUUCAUUUUCCCAACCUUGUCAAACUGUACCCAGUGAUGGUCUGUCGGGCAAACACUGCAACUGAUGGCAUGGGCUGGUGUUACUUGCGGGGAGGGAAGCUAGACAAAGGCAAGCCAUUUUCAGCAGCAGCGCCAUUACUUACACUGUGUAUUUUGUAAAAUAAAAACUUGGUUGUGUGUGCUUGCAUAAAAUGAUUUCCUAGCACAGCCAAAGAUGACCAGUUUUCUUCUCCUUGUUUUUCACCUGCUGCAGAAAUGUAGCCAUACUUCCGAGUAGCUGUAUGCUCCCUAUUAGCCUUUUCUUCACGUAUUGGUUGGACCAGGAUCUUGAGUAUUUUCUGUUUAUGUCUGGCUGCUAAUAGGCAAGUUCUCUAGAGAAGUCUGAAAUCAAACAGGAUUGCAGCACUGGCAAGCAAGCUCGUAACAAACAUCUAGAAAAGAAGCCUUUGGAUUCAGUUUCGUCUGCUUCUUCAUCUAAAGAGUCUCCUCCCGUUCUUGAAGCUGAGCGGUCUUUGUCAGAUGAGCCCGACUCCCAUGCCAUGGAACCAAGAUCAGAAAUGCCAGUUUUGACAUUGUCAUCACCAAAUGUUUUGGAAGGUGCUGCUGCUGCUUCUCCUUUGCAGGGAGAGAGACAGUUAAUGAAGUCAGGUAAGACUUGUGUAUCAUUAGCAUCUUCACCAGAAAUAAGCUCUAGUUACUAGAAACAAAACAGGUGUCUUGUUCCUUGGCCCUUGAUUCCUAUUUCCUGAUUCUAGUCCCAAUUAACUUUAUACUAUACUGUACUGUACUAUACUAUACUAUACUAUACUAUACCAUACCAUACCAUACUGAAAUGUUUAAACGUUUCUUUGAUUGUCCUUGAAUCUUGCCACCAUACUUGCUAUCCUCUCCUGCCACACACUUUGAGAACCACACACAAUAUGCCAUUGCUCUUUGGUCUGGACCUGAAGCUUUUGGCGCUGUCUCUCCCAAGGAUGGGGGUGGGGGAUAAUACAUGAUACUGAAGUUUUUGUUCCCCGUGAGAUCUAAAUAGCAAAAAGGAGGAUUUUUUUAUUAUUAAAUAAAUAAACUACAGGUCUUUAGGCUUCCAAGCUCCUGAUGUCUUAGAUCUCAAAGUGGCUUAUUACACUAAAAAUAUACAAAGCCAAGACAAAACCGCAAAAUUUUAAAGCUCAAAACUUAAAAUUUUAAGCCACAAGAAUUUUCAACCUCAGAAAAUUACCGUAUUUUCCGCCCUAUAGGACACACUUUUUCCCCUCCAAAAAUGAAGGGGAAAUGUGUGUGCGUCCUAUGGGGCGAAUGCAGGCUUUCGCUGAAACCUGGAGAGCGAGAGGGUUCUCGCUCUCCAGGUUUCAGGAAGCUAUCCGCAAGCCUUGCGAGCGGCAGCCUGCAGCCCGAAGCACGGGGCACGCUCCGGAGCGCACCCCGGGCUUCGGGCAGAUAUCGGGCAGCCCCACAAGCUCUGGGGACAGCGGGGAGGCGGAGCGCCGCCAUCCCGCUAUUCCCCGACCUGGUUUGGAGGCUGGCGCUGGGGAGAAGCUUGCUUCUCCCCAUCGCCAGCCCCACAAGCUCGGGGGACAGCGGGGAGGCGCAGCGCCGCCAUCCCGCUGUUCCCUGAACUGGUUUGGAGGCUGCCAGCCCCACAAGCUCGGGGGACAGAUAUCCGCAAGCCUGGGGAGACCAGGGCGACUUCCCGCCGGGCUCCGUAGGCUUGCGGAUAGCAGCCUGUUCUGGGGGCUGGGGUCGGGGGAAGCUCGGGCAUCCCCCUCCCCAGCCCCGUGCCUGGGGGGGAAAUAAAUUUUUUCCCCUUUAUUUCCCCCCAAAAAAACUAGGUGCGUCCUGUGGGCCGGUGCACCCUAUGGGGCGAAAAAUACGGUAAAACGAGUUAGCUAUAGUUGGGGCUUGCUGGGUUUUACAUCCUUCUUAAAUUGUGGUGCCCGGAAUUGGACACAGUAUUCCAGGUGUGGUCUGACCAAGACAGAAUAGAGUGGUACUAUUACUUCCCUUGACCCGGACACUAUACUUCUGUUGAUGCAGCCUAUAAUAGCAUUAGGGGUUUUUUUGCUGCUGCAUCACACUGUUGACUCAUGUAAAGCUUGUGAUCCACCAAGACCCCUAUAUUCUUUUCACAUGUACUGCUAGUAAGCCAGGUGUCCUCCAUCCUAUAUUUGUGCAUCAGUUCUUCUUGCAGAACCUUACAUUUGUCCCUACUGAAAAUCAUUUUGUUAGCUUGUGAACAGUUCUCUGAUCUGUUAAGGUAAUUUUGAAUUCUGAUUCUGUCUUCUGUGGCAUUAGCUACCCCUCCCAGUUUUGCUAUUUCUUGGUUUGGGGCAGAUGAGGUACAACAAACAGUACUGGUGUUAUUAUACUGAUUCUUACUUGGUGCUGAUAAAACUAGUUUGUUUCUAGUGAGGAAAAUUCAUUUUUAUUGUAGGGAGUUUUGAGAGUAAGCGCCAGAGGAAACCAACAAAAAAGCUCUUGGAAUCCAAUGAUUUGGAUACUGCAUUCAUACCAAAGAGAGAGUGGACUUCCAUAAAGAAGGUAAGUUCCUUCCUUCUGCUUCAAAUGUUACCAAAGAUCUGCUAUGCUCCUGAAUGUAAAAUUAUUUCAUCUGCAGAGUUUUUGAUCGGCCUUCAUUUGGUUAAGGGUACCUAAUAGAAGCACUCAGUAAAAAACAGUAGUGAUAAUCAGAGCUUAGCCUAUAAAGUUCUUGUUGCACUUUCUUUUCAAAAAGCUGUCAUUGUCCAAACUAAGAGAACAUUAGGCCCAUAAGCCUUUGAAUCUAUGGCUCUUUUACAAUGACCAGAGUCAUGCUGUCAAACAUAUGCACAUAUCUCAUUAUUUUCAGUUGGAAGUCUGUAGGAGUUCUUUUCACUAGAGAGUGCACUCUUUCAACAAAUUGAUAGUGGAUUGGCUGGCUGUGAAGAGAAGAAAUUCUCUGAUGUACAAAAUAUCUCUCUGUGUGAGCACGCAUGUGUUUUAAAGUAACGUAAGCACCUGCUGGAACUCCAAACCAGGACUCUUCUCCAAAGACUCUUCCUGUGCUAGAGAUCAGGCCUUUUCUAUAGGAAGUUAUGGUUUUGAACCCCUUUGCUAAAAUGUAUCCAAACAGAGUCCUUAGAAGAUUUUUUAAUUUACAGUUGUACCUUGGAAGUCGACUGGAAUCCGUUCAACUUCCAAAAUAUUCGAAAACCAAACCACAGUUUUUGAUUGGCUGUAGGAAGCUCCUGCAGCCAAUCAGAAGCCGCAGAAGCCCCUUUGGAUGUUCGCAUUCCAAAAGAAUGUUUGCAAACUGGAACAAUCACUUCCGGGUUUGCGGUGUUUGUAAUUCAGGACUUAAUUUCAGUUUGUUCUGUAAAACCUGUUGUGAUAUGGACAACAAUAGAAUGUUUAUUCUACAUUUUAUGAAAAUUGAAUUCAACUUGCUUUUCUUUUUGUAAAACAGUUAAAACAACCACAUCCAAUAUGAAAAUGCAAUAAUCAUUUGUUUAUGUAUUGAAGCAUUUAUGUCCUAUCUUUCUGUCAGGGCAGCUCACAAUAACAAAAGUUAAUCCAUCUGUUGAUAAAAAUUAAACAGUAACUAUUAAACAAUAAAACCAGCCACACACACACAAAAGAAGAAUUUUGCAGCAGAGCAGACAUUAAGAGCAAAACCCGUUUGUUAAAGGAAAAAGCCAAAUUUUGACUGCAAAAAAUCACAGAAGUGUUGAUUUGGAAGAAACUCCAACAGUUGCCUAGUCCAAAUGCUUGCAACACAGGAAUCAUGGCUAAAGAAUCCCUGACAGAUUGCCAUUCAACCUUUGUUUUAAAAUCCUCCAAUGCUUGUCUGCAUGCAAGAAGCAAAGAAUGAUGUACUCAGCAAUCUGUGGGGCCUCAGGUGUUGAGAAAAACUCCUGAAAAGGCUGAUAUUAAAAUAGGUGGUCCUUGGUAUAUUCCGGGCCAUAUGCCUGUGGUUUCAAUUUAUUUUCUUUUGCUGCUGCCUUCAUGAUAAUUCAUUAAAUAUAUGAUUAUAUUGCUGUAAGCUGCCUUGUGAAUUGUAAAAAUACAAAAGAAGGGUCUAAAUAUUUUGAACUGUGAAAAUAGUAUAAUAUGCUGCAUUUAGUGGAGGCCCCUUUAGAUUUGUUAGUGUCUUACUGUUUUUGUGAAAGUUACGAUUUUUCUUCUGCUUCAGCUGUGCAGAAAGAUUAUUCAACAAUUAUAACUAAGUAAAUAUGAUUCUUCCUACUUCUUGCUACUCAGAGGUUCAGACACUGGGCAAUUGCCUCCCCAUCCUUCUGAUUAUGGAAAUUUGAGAUGCUUCUUGUUGUUGUUGUUUGUCAAUAUGUUGAAGGUAGAAUUGCCAUUGAUAUGUGGCCAAGGAAACACAUCUUGUUGUAGGCGUGCGAAUUUGCUUGGUAAAUUGUCCCUGUUGCUUGUUCGCAGUGUUCUGAGGCUGGUCCUUUGGAUACUGAAAUGUCUGAGUUGUACUCCACAUCUCAGCUUCUGGACGCUGGUGAAGGUAGGUGGUGCUCCUGUUCUGUAGCAUGAAGCUGGCAGUUUCCUGUGAGUGAACAUUAAUAAUAAGCUAAGCAAGAUUCUUCCGUCAGGUUACAUAAUCAUCAGCCCAUUGCAAUAUAAGCAGAUAUUUCCACAUAGAGACCAAGUCAUAAAUGAACUGGGUCCAGAUCAAAAAGAAGGAAUUGCAUCUUUGUCUAAUAAUAAUAAUGGUAAUAAUAAUAAUAAUAAUAAUAAUAAUAAUAAUAAUAAUAAUAUAUUAUUUAUACCCUGCCCAUCUGGCUGGGUUUCCCCAGCCACUCUGGGCGGCUUCCAACCAAAUAUUAAAAACAAUACAGCAUCAAACAUUAAAAACUUCCCUAAACAGUUGUCUUUUAAAAGUAAAAUAGUUGCUUAUUGUCUUGACAUCUGCUGGGAGGGCAUUCCACAGGGCAGGCGCCACUACCAAGAAGGCCCUCUGUCUGCUUCCCUGUAACCUCACUUCUCACAGUGAAGGAACCACCAGAAGGCCAUCGGCGCUGGACCUCAGUGUCUGGGCUGGACGAUGGCGGUGGAGACACUCCUUCAGGUAUACAGGACCGAGGCCGCUUAGGGCUUUAUUAGUCAGAGUCAAUUUAAAAAGGAAAACAUACUGGAAUUUGUGGCAGCAGUGAGUGUAGUGAUGGAAUCAGGAGCACUCCAAAGAUGAAAAAGGUGUGUGGGGUGGAUCUGGCCAGAAAUCUGUUCAGACAACAGCGGAGUGAUAAGAAACAACGUGAGACUCAAAGGUGUCCUUCGGCUUGCCUUUCUGAAUUUUCAGUGCUCACCAACCACAUUUUUCUUCAUGAUCAUGAGGAUGAGAAACUAGCUGUUAACCAAGGUGGCUUCUUAGACGCCAGUAACUCUGCUGUAUGGUGUUCAAAGGGAUACCUGGAACCACCCUGUUUAUCAACUUGCUGGUACUUUCUUCCAACUUGUGGCAUUUGGGUAAUAUGGAACAAGGGUGACUUUGUCUUAUUUUUGUGAAAAUAUACUCAACAACACAAUAUGAAUUUUCAUUCUAAACUGUGUAGUCCUCAGGGGUUUGCAGACAUUUAUCUGGAAUUGAAUUACGGGUUAAGAAUGGGUAUGGUGUGUCCUACUCAUCAGUGCUGAAUUUUGCCUUUAAAAUUUGAGGGCCAUAGUUGUCAGAAUUACCUUAGGUGCAGUUAUUUGCUUACAGUCUUGAAACAUCUUCCUUGCUGCAGCUCCUGAAAAGGUUCCAGGCAAACAGAGAAGGCGAAAGCGGCAACGACGUACUUUUGCUUCAGCGCCAUACAAGAAAGAAAAGGGUGAAGAUGUACUGGGAGAAAAUGCAAACUCUGAGGUACUUCUGGGCUUUGGAUUCUGUAAAAGGAUACAUGUAUGACGUCUUUUUGAAGUAGCAUUAUAUUUUUAAAAAUGCAUAAAACUAUUGACUGUGUUGCAAAAGAAGGUAUAAAAGACUUAGCAGCAAACAAAGGCCGGACUUCACAAGAGUAUUGUGUAUAAACUAGUAGCUCAUGUUUAAAAGAUUUGCGUUAACCUAAGUAUUCAUACACACAUACAUUUCUGUGCCACUAAACCAAGAAAAAUGUAUUCAUUUUGAAUUAUACAUACAAACAACAAUUCAAGGAACUUGUUCUCACAAUGUGUAUAAGGCCUGGAAAAACUCGCCGCAGCUACAAGCUGAAUGUCACACCAACUGCCCUGAAACCCUUCAAAAAAACCCCUCCCCUAUUCAGAAAGUGGUGUAUAUAAAAUCAAAAGUAAAAACAUAAAAAGGCAAAGUUCAGAAGCACAUAAAACCAGGUUUUAGGGAUAUUGUUGUGAUACUUACAUGGUUGGGAGUCAGUUUUAGAUUACAGUAUACUGAAAUUCACUGGACAAUCGGCUUUAACAUUUGAAACAGUAUAUUCUAAAGCAUGUUUCUGUCAUAGGCUUCCAAUUUUACAAUACUAUAUUUCCAUGCACAUACAGGAUGUGGAAAUGAAAGCUACACGUUUUGUAUUUCACAUACUGUGUUCUUUCCACAAGACCUAGUAUGAAAUUGCUUUUCUGCUCUGUGACACUUUCAUGGAAUAGAAAUAUAUGCUCUUUUUCUCUGAAACCACUAUACUACAGUCUUCUUGAACAUCCACCAGUUGUUUGAAAGUAUACGCCCACAACUUUUUCUUGGUUUAGCACUGACAGGAGGGUUUCUGUACAUCAAGGUUUUAUAUAUUUAUUUAGUGGUUACAUUUAUAACCCAUCCUUUUCUCACAGUGACCAACGUGUUCAUAUGAGCAGAAGAGUUGCACCUGCUUCUCUUAACACAGUCAUUUGCAAUUGUCCAUUUGCAUCUCAUUAUAUAGUCUACACUGUUUGCUGAAGACACACUUCUGUACCCUGCCCUUUGACAGCUGAACAUUUGUGUGAUAUUUGUGAGACCAUCCCUAUUAUUCUUUGGUUUGUUUUGAGUUGCUUUAUUUGAUUUUGAUAUUGUAUGAUUUUAUGCUUGCAACCUGUCAUGGGAUCUUGUGAAGGGAGGGGGGGUAUGAAAUCUAAUAAAUCAAUAGCAUUGUGUCAGAUACUGAGGUUGCGCCCUGGAGACAGUGUGGUGUAGUGGUUAGCGUGUUGGAGCAAGACCUGGGAGACGGGGGUUCUAGUCCCCACCCAUGAAGCUCACUGGGUGACUUUGGACAAGUCGCUGUCUCUCAAAUCUACCCAACCUCUCAGGGUUGCUGUGAGGAUUAAAUGGAGAUGGGGAAAACCAUGUAUUGCUCUUGAGCAACUUGGAGGAAAGGCAGGAUAUAAAUGUAAUGAAUAAAUAAUGGUUGUGGAGAUUCCCAACAAAGGUGUUUAGGAAGGAUACUGCCACAGGGCAGCAAAAUAGUCAUAGUCAUGUGUUUUGUUAAAGUUCAGAAUGUUUCUUUCCCUCAGUGAAACCUUAAAAGUGGAGAAGUGUGAGGAGAGUUAGCGCCACAGCAUGAGGCACCUUCUGCAGGCAGAGUGAUUAGGGCUAGAGGCGUUGCAUGCAGCUCAGCAAGCAGGUUGGCAGAACACCCCUAUGUAUUGUACCCAAACUAUAAGAGCAGCCCAGAGGAGGGGGUAAAUGAAAGGGAGAAUCUGACUGAUCACAGUCUUUCCUUUUUUUUAAAGGGAGAUAGGACUAAUCAUGGAACAGCUGGAAGCCCCAAGGAGACUAUUGAGGAAGGGUCUGAAAAUGACCAUGGAGUGCCUUCAUCCAAACGGAUGCAGGGGGAGCGAGGAGGAGGAGCUGCUCUCAAGGAGAACGUGUGUCAGGUAAAAGUCUGAAGUGCUUUGCUUGAAUGCUGGUAAUUGUGAAAAUGACUUGAAGCAGCCAGACUACUUGGGGACAGGCCAUGUUAGUAGGAACCAGAUCUUUGCAGAGCUUGCAUCCAAUGCUUUUUUAAACUCUUGAGGUUGUUUUUUUUUAAUUUUGACAUGAGGGCUUUCUGUCUACAACCCUUAUUUUGUGUGCAGUCCCAGAACCAUUUUGGGUAGACAGGAAGUGUGGGGGGUACAGGAUUGCAAAAGUGUGCUUAAAGUGUGCCUUGUAAGGAGCUUCUGAAGUAGUGUAAAUCACUCGAAGUACUAAUGUUUGAGCCAAACAAUUGGACCACAGCAGCUGUUGCUGAAAAGUACUUCUGAAAAUGUGUUAGCUGUGGUUUAGUAGGUACGCAUAAACUAGGAUUCCCUCCUCCCACCUCUAUACAUUUCAGCCCUUGACCAUGCAUUGUUUAAUUCCUUUGCAGAUCUGUGAAAAGCCAGGUGAAUUGUUGCUCUGUGAAGCCCAGUGCUGUGGAGCUUUCCACCUGCAGUGCCUCGGGCUCUCAGAAAUGCCGAAGGGCAAGUUUAUCUGCACUGAGUGUUCCACAGGUAUGAAACUGUACUCACUGAUGGUGUGGCGAGCUCUCGGGUUGCUUUCAAAUGUUGGAGCUUGUUGAAAACAAAUGGCUUUGCAGCAUGGAGCAGAAUGGCUCUGCUGUCUACCAGGCUGGAGCAAUCCUGGUUUUGUAUGUUCUUGCCUCCAGCCAUGGUGACUGCUUGUAACCCCCCCCCCCCCCGCUGCUGUUCAGGACUCUUGCACCUUCUGUUCUUUGACUGUGUUUCUUCUACUUUGCUGCCCUCUCCUAUUAGGGGUCCACACGUGUUUUGUAUGCAAGAACAGUGGAGAAAACGUCAAGCGGUGCUUGCUUCCCUUAUGUGGGAAGUACUAUCAUGAAGAGUGCAUACAGAAGUACCCUCCCACAGUCAUGCAGAACAAGGGCUUUCGCUGCUCACUGCACAUCUGCAUGACUUGCCAUGCAGCCAACCCAGCAAAUGUCUCCGCAUCUAAAGGUACAGUAACCUUUUCUUGUGCCCAGAAUGGAAGUGCAUUUCUACAUUCAUUUUAACUGUGUUUACAAUUCAUUGGUGUGUCCCCCCCCCCCUGUUCUUGGAUAUUUUAAAGGUGGGGUUGGUGUCUAAAACUUGAAUCUUAAAAAAUGAUUUUUUUCCAGAUUUUAUUAAGAAAAUGUAAUUCCAAUAUAUUUCUCUGCUAGGUCGCUUGAUGCGCUGUGUCCGAUGUCCUGUUGCAUACCACUCGAAUGAUUUCUGCCUCGCUGCUGGGACUGUGAUCCUUGCUUCCAACAGCAUGAUUUGCCCAAAUCAUUUUAGCCCUCGAAGGGGCUGCAGAAACCAUGAGCAUGUAAAUGUCAGCUGGUGCUUUGUUUGUUCAGAAGGUAAGACGCUUUGUGCUGGGCCUGGUACGUUAUGAGUGUUGCCAUGUUUUGAAUGAGUACAAGCAUAGGAGGAUGUUGUUGAGGAAGUGAGGGGGCAGCCUAAUCUAUCAGCUCUUUACCACAACAUAAUACAAAUGAUCACGAUGCUGUCCUUUGUCUAAGUGAAACAUAUUGCCGGACUGAGGUAUACAGUCAGGAUCAUCUCUGGGCGUCCCUGCUUUGGACUUAAGGGAGAGGGAAGCAGCCAAAAGAAGGCAAUGGGCCUUCCAUAGAAUGCAGUACAGUGGUACUUCGGGUUAAGAACUUAAUUUGUUCUGGAGGUCUGUUCUUAACCUGAAACUGUUCUUAACCUGAGGUACUACUUUAGCUAAUGGGGCCUCCCGCUGCUGCCACACUGCCACCACGUGAUUUCUGUUCUCAUCCUGAGGCAAGGUUCUUAACCCAAGGUACUAUUUCUGGGUUAGCGGAGUCUGCAAUCUGAAGUGUCUGUAACCCGAGGUACCACUGUAUCUAAAGGCAGUGGUUAUGUUAGUGGGAUGGGCCACAGUCAUAAAGCCACUAAAACAAAAUGUAAUAUAUAUGUUUGCUAAGCUUGCUGACAUAGCAGGGACAGCAAAUGAGACUGAAUAUGGGGCUGAAGCCCUUCUUCCAUAGAGCUUAGGGCCGUAUACAUGAUUGACUUCCCCCUUUUCACCAUCCCCCUUUCUGUGAGCGAAGACUGGCCUAACUGCCUCCUUGUCAUAUAUAACACCUCAGACGAAGUAGUGGAAAAAAGUAAAUGUUGUGGCAAGUAGAUACAAUUGGGUUUAGCACUGACAUAUUGUACUGGCUUUGACACAGUUGAGACCUUUACAAUAAAAUUGAUACCUGGGGGGGGGGGUGAAAUUAACCUUAUUCUGGAGACCAGCACAACCCUCUUUUGACCCAUUUUCCAUUUAAAGAACUGAAGUGGGAUUUGAGGUGUGGAUAGGAUGAACUCCCCUUUUAAUGUGAUGCUGUUCAUGGGUGUUCCUGUGGUUCUGUCCCUGACAUACCUGCCUUUCUUUCUCACAGGUGGAAGCCUUCUGUGCUGUGAAUCCUGCCCUGCCGCAUUCCACAGGGAGUGUCUGAACAUUGACAUGCCAGAGGGGAGCUGGUACUGUAACGACUGCAAAGCUGGCAAGAAGCCACACUACAAGGAGGUGGUCUGGGUUAAAGUGGGACGUUACAGGUGAGAGUGAAAGAAGGCAAAUUCUGUUAUAUUUAAAAGAUUUCAGUUGUCUCUUGUGAAAACUUGUUGCUACUGCUCAUUUUUGUUUUGCUAAUGUUAUUAAUACAGUGGUACCUCAGGUUAAGAACUUAAUUCGUUCUGGAGGUCUGUUCUUAACCUGAAACUGUUCUUAACCUGAGGUACAACUUUAGCUAAUGGGGCCUCCUGCUGCUGCCACAUGAUUUCUGUUCUCAUCCUGAAACAAAGUUCUUAACCUGAGGUACUAUUUAUGGGUUAGAGGAGUCUGUAACCUGAAGCAUCUGUAACCCAAGGUACCACUGUAUUCACAAUGUCAGGAGGGGACCGCUCCUCACCUUUAUGUGUAUUCUAACCAGCAUGGCUGCUGCUGCCCUUACAGUUGUUUCCACAAUGUUAAUAGAAUACGCAAAGUCUUCUACUAAUGUGGGUUCCUGUUAUGCCAUGGUUAGGUUAGCAAACGCGCAUGCACGCAUGCGCACACACACAAAUUAUUCAUCUCCAAAGGAGUGGAUCUAGGAAACAGACAUUCCAGAAAUUUAUCCAUGGGCUCAUCUGUUUUUCUUGCCUUUGUUCAUUUCCAGGUGGUGGCCAGCUGAGAUUUGCCACCCUAGGACCAUCCCUGUCAACAUCCAGAAAAUGAAGCAUGUCAUCGGUGAAUUUCCUGUGCUUUUUUUCGGAUCAAAUGAUUACCUUUGGACCCACCAAGCUCGAGUAUUUCCCUAUAUGGAAGGAGAUGUGAGCAGCAAGGACAAGAUGGCAAAGGGAGUUGAUGGCAUUUACAAGAAGGGUAACCCAUUUUCUUUUACUCUAAUGUAACCAUGAAAGUUAGCAAUUCAGAAAUAGCCCUGGCUAGAAUUAUAGAGCAACUUUGGUUUGUCAUGAUGUCUGAAUUGAGGAACAGUGGUUUGUGAGUGGCCGGCACACCAGAAUUGGAAACUGUGGUUUGAAAUAGGUUUGCAAACCAUAGUUUCUGCUAAGCAAACAAACUAUAGUUAUAACUAUUGCUUUGCCUCCAAAGGCCACUGGGCCUAGACGCAGAAGCACUAAGCAGACAAGUAGUUCUAAACUAUACUUUGUCCAUCCAGAACCUCAAACUGUGGGUGCAUUUGCAUGUCAUGGUAAACAAUGUUUAAUUCUUUACCAUGCGUGUGCAGCUUGCUCCCCAUUUCCCCCCUUCUGCUAGUGAGCAGGAGCAACAAACCACAACUCUUGGCGUACAUGGUUGAAACAUAACACUAAAUCAGGGAUUAUAGUUUGUUGUUCCACUUGCUACUGGAUGGAAUAAAGUGGGAGCAAUUUCCAUAUUCCUGGUGAACUAUUAGCUGUGCUUUACUGUGACAUACAAAUUCAGCUAAAGUGUGUUGAGAGGUCGGAACUGAGUCCCUGUUGUUGUUGUUUUUAAUCUUUCCUGAAGUGAAAUUUCUUGAUGUAAGAACUCAGCAAGGAGUAGAUGGGGAUUGGUGUCUAUCUAGCUUUAAGAUGUAGGGAUAAAACAAAUUAUUUCAAGAAGCUUGAGUUACACAAAACAAUGUCUUUACUUUUUGCAAUCCUGAAACAAAGGCAUGCUAAAGUUUUCUGGCUACUGCCUGGGAGUAUGGAAAUCUCAGUACUGUUCUCAGUUUUGCUACAGACUGUGAAUCCUAGAGGAUCCUCUUUGUGGCUGCUGUUUCCUGUCCCGUCUGUUACUGGUGCCUCACUUCAGCAUAUUUUCAUGUAAGUGCAUAUUUAAAAGCGACUGAAUGUCUGUUCAUAUAUAAUGAGGAAGUUUUCUUAAUUUAGCUCUGCAGGAAGCUGCUGUGAGGUUUGAAGAGCUGAAAACACAGAAGGAACUGAGGCAGCUACAGGAAGACAAAAAGAAUGAUAAGAAGCCUCCUCCUUACAAACAUAUCAAGGUGAGGAUGCAGGACAUGAUAGCAGAUGGUGGGCCUUGUGCACAUGUGUUGCCCCCAGUCCCUUGAAGGUGGUUGGGCUAUGGGACUGUGUGCUCCGUCCUUAGACAUAAUGAAGGCACAAGUCUUAACCAUUGUUAAUGCUGACCAGGACGUGCUCUUAACUAUACACUUCCCUUGCCAAUCUUUUUUUCAUAUCUUGCCACCUGCCACUACACCACAAAAGCUGAAACCUGUACAAUCUGUCCACUGUGAAACAUUUCCUUUAGACUUUAAAGGAAGUACACAAGCUGUUUUUCGUGGUACCACAGAUUUACAUGGCAAGAAUCACCUAACAAGUCACGUCAGUGCAAGCCCUGUGUGAGGAUUUCCACUUGCACAAGGGGACUUUUCCCUCCUCUCCUCCCCCUCCACACCCGCUGAAUUGGGUCUAAGGGGGUUGGGAGAACCCCCAGAAGUGCUGGGGGGAUCAUUCUGUCUGGCAAGGUGCAAUGCUUGUGUUGAUGGGGUGUUCACUGUAGUGCAACAUUGAGUUUUACCUAUGUUUUAAUCCCAGUGUAAACUAUGAGGUCAGCUAUUGGCCACAUGAAAUUCAACUCUUUGCUGACCUGCAGUAAAUCUUUGGUGUAUAAAAUCCUGUUGAAAGGAAGGGAGUCUCCUUGCUGUGUGAACUUGUAUGUUCUUUCUGUCCCACCCUGGGAAAGGAUCACUUCACACUAUUGAACACCAUUACAAUAGCUGAUUAAAGUGGUGCAUUUUCUAUGCUGGUAGAAGAGUUGCAGCUGAAACAAUAAUAAAGAUUAACAAUAUACAUGAAAGUGCAGUAUUGACCCAUUUCAACAAGUAUCUCCGUAGCAAAAGUUGUUUCUGAUUUCCAUGUAUGUAGUCUACAUUUCUGCAUUCCAGUGAUGUACAAUUUAGCUAGGCCAGCCGAUUUACUUGGUGGCUUAUAUCUGUUUUUAAAGGUGAACCGGCCUGUAGGCAAAGUGCAGAUCUUCACUGCAGACUUGUCUGAGAUCCCACGUUGCAACUGCAAGCCGGCUGAUGAAAACCCCUGUGGCCUAGACUCCGAGUGUAUUAAUCGCAUGCUGCUCUAUGAGUGUCACCCUGCUGUCUGCCCUGCUGGGGAACGUUGCCAAAACCAGUGUUUUACCAAAAGGCAGUAUCCUGAAGUGGAAAUAUUCCGCACACUGGCAAGAGGCUGGGGCUUGCAAGCCAAAAGAGACAUUAAAAAGGUAUGUUUGUUUUUUGCUGUCUUAAUUCUUCCCCAAGUUUAGUUUCAACAUCCCACACUUUCUAUAACUGAAUUUAGUUUUCCUUUCUUAAAGCAUAAAAUUUACAAAGACAAGAAAUGAGUCAUUAUUCCUGUCUGAGACAUACAUACACAUGUGGUAGGAGUUUGUUUCCCAUGGUUACCUAAAUAUAUAGUCAGUCUUUGCCUUCCCAUAUAUAAGUUGGGUUCUGUGUUAAUGGAACCUUGAAACAAUCUGAACUAGAUUUAGCAGAAAUCAAUAUAUGUCAGGAUUUCCCCAGAUAACUAGUAUUGCUUACCUCUCUGCUUUUCAUCCUACACCACAAAUUCUUGAGUGCCCAGCUUUUCAUCACACUUCUGCGUUUUACGAAACAGAUGGAAAGGACUGCUCAUUAGUCUGUUUCUAACCCCCACAUUUUCUUACACCAAAACCAUCCUUAAUUAAUACCCAUCUAAGUAAAGGGAUCUUAAACCCCAUAUUUAAACUGAGUGGAUUACUAAACAAAAGUUCUAUCAAGGCGUUGUCUGCAUUUGCAGUUUUUACUGUUGUAAAAAGUAACUACUGUAAAUGCUUGAAUUGCUGAAUUUCAGCUCUCCUAGGCAAACCAUGAGCCCUAAACCUUGGCUUCUUCUUGUGGUUAAUUAUGAUUUAGCUCAGCACAGCAGUAGGAGGGUUAGGGAGGCACUAAGCACUCACAGUUUUCUUUUUUGGAGGCCAUGGGUUGGCAUAGUGUGACAGGCAUACCAGACUACAAAGAGCAGUGGUCUAGGUCAAAAGAAACCAGUUUGUAAUAAAACUGAUAGUUAUGAUGCUCUAGUAUGUUUUAUUAAGGAAUGCAGUUCUGUACCUAAAAUAGAGAUGUUUCCUCCUCAGGCUCGCCUUCCAAAAAGCAGUAAAGAUUUUGGUUUCCGUGAAAAGCUAUGAAUUAGUAACUUUAGUUUUAAUGGGUGUGUGUUUUGUUCAUUUGUUUCCUAUGUGUAUCCCUUCCCAUCCCCAAACCCUCUGAGUUUGGCUGGUCUUGGCUUUGUAUUCAGAGUACUAUUUGUUGUUCUCUCAUCUCUUCCCACUUCCACACUUUCAGGGUGAGUUUGUCAACGAAUAUGUGGGAGAGCUGAUAGAUGAGGAGGAAUGCCGGGCCAGAAUCCGCUAUGCCCAAGAGCAUGAUAUCACCAACUUUUAUAUGCUAACUUUGGACAAGGUGUGUGAAAACAUUCCUGUUUUCUGUAUCUGAAGUAAAAUACUGCUAGUUCAUGUACGUUUGAAACAAUAAAUUAAGAUACUGUGCCUUCUGUUGGCAUUGGUUUUAGAUUGCAAGACCACCUGAUUUGUGUGUGUGUGUGCUUUCUUGGAAAGACAUCUCCCCCAACCCUCAAGUUUCUUAGAGCAUUCCAUAUCUGUAUUGCACUGCUUAUAGCUAAGAAUAAAGUUCUGGCUGUGUUUUGAAAGGCUGAGUUCUUUCCUGUGCUUUUUAGGAUCGAAUAAUUGAUGCUGGACCAAAAGGCAAUUAUGCUCGAUUUAUGAACCAUUGCUGCCAGCCAAAUUGUGAGACACAGAAGUGGUCAGUGAAUGGAGAUACUCGGGUUGGCCUUUUUGCGCUCAUAAAUAUCAAAGCUGGUAAGGAGCCCUAAUGAUUAGUAGCCUUGUUUCUGAUAUUUUGGUGUAUGUAUCAAGAAAUGAAAGUCCGCAGCCUGAGGGCAGGUUUAACUAAUGAGUCCCACUAAUGGAAGUCUGUUCAAGGACUUCUGCUGAUUCAGUGGCACUUCCCUUCUUUUCCCAUCCUCUCACUGAAAUUGGCUUUGUGGUGGGGGGUCAAGAAAACCCCCAGAACUGCAUGUGGGGGGAGCAGAGGGGGGGGUCAUUUUUGUCUCACAAUCUGAAAAGCUUGAGCUGAUGGAACAAUUGCCAUAGCACUAUGUUGGAUUCCUCCCUGAGUGUUUGCAUGUAAAAAGUUGAGAUACUUCUUCACAGUGAGCGACACGUAUCUCUGUGUUCACCAUACAUUACAUAUAACAGAAAGCUUUAAAAAGUAGUGGCUGUCAUAGAAUCAAAGAGUUGGGAGUAGUAUUUUGAAGUCAUUUCCCAACCCUCUGCUCAGUGCAAGAUACAAUACAGCAUCCCUGACAGGUGGCUAUUUGGUGGAAGGUAUGUUCUUCUAUCUGUGUAUUUGUACUAUAUUCACAAUGUAGGAAAUUUCAUCCUGUUUGUUGAAAUUUCAUCCUGCAUGGCCCUCGGGAGGUAAGGUAAUGCAAUUAUACUAAGUCAUAGACCUUUGUUGCAAGCGUGCACUGGAAUUUCAGCACAUGCAAGGGAAAGUAGAAGCAGCAGAUUCUCCUCAGCAUUUACACAUCUUUUUUUGGGGGGGUGGUGGUUGGUUUUUCUUGUUUGUUUUUAAUCUUUCAUUCCAGUUCUAGAACUUCAGGUUUAGCAAAGCCUAUUACAAUCCAAAUGGGUCUCAUUGAUUUCUCUGAUUACCAGGGACUGAGCUGACUUUCAACUACAACCUGGAGUGUUUGGGGAAUGGGAAGACAGUUUGCAAAUGUGGUGCUCCAAACUGCAGUGGUUUCCUUGGAGUAAGACCAAAGGUAUUUCAAACCCUUAUUUAGAUUUCUUCCUUCAGCUGCCCUUUGAAUUGCUUGGGGUUCAUUUUUUACUUAAUUGAAAGGAAUCUUUUUCUCUUCAGUAUACUCCUCUCCAAGUUACUGUGUGAUUGCUAUUGCUGUUGAUAACAAUGACACCCCUUUAAGACCCACUCUGCAUUGCUUAAAUCAGAUGAAAAUGGCGGGGGGGGGGCUGGAAAAAAGCCAACGCCAGGAGAGAUCUGUGCUAAUAACAUUAAUCACUGUAUAGGGAAGUUUUUAAUGUUUGAUGUUUUACUUUGUUGGAUGUUUUAAUUUGUUGGAAGCCACCCAGAGUGACUGAGGCAACACUGUUAGAUGGGCAGCAUAUGAAUAAUACAUUGUUGUUGUUGUUGUUGUUGUUUUCCUGACACAAUGGUCAGGAUGAAUGUAAAACUUCCAAUGUGUCCAAAAUGAAUAUACGUUUGUUAGGAACUUUCAUAGCUGGGGAAACUCUGGAUUUAUUCAUACUAGGAAAACAUAAUCUUAUCAUAUGGCCUAUUUAGAAUUGAACUGUUUACUUACCCCUCAAGAAUUGUGAUUGCAGCUGUUUUCCUUGGGGUCUUUCAUCAAGUCAGCUAAAGAAGUUUAACAGAAAGAGGUAUGAGGACAGGGAUUUGUUCCCUUUGAGCAUUUACUCAGUGGCAUUGUUUUGUCUCCAGAACCAGCCACCUGCCUCUGAAGAGAAGUCCAAGAAGUUCAAGAGGCGGCAUGGGAAGCGCAAAUCCCAAGCAGAGAUUAUGAAGGAGCGUGAGGAUGAAUGUUUCAGCUGCGGGGAUGGAGGGCAGCUGGUUUCCUGUAAGAGGCCAGGCUGCCCAAAGGUGUACCAUGCUGACUGCCUCAAUCUGACCAGGCGUCCUGCAGGUCAGUCACGUAUUCUCACUGUUGUUCAUAGAAACUUAAGUAUAACAGCUGCACCGAUAGCACUAGCCUCGAGCGAGAAAUGAUGCCUCCCAAACUUAGCAGCUGGUGACAAUUCAUAUAAUAAAACCAGGAGCAGAGCCCAGCUGCAUCAGAGCAAAGGCCUAUCUAGUCCAGCAUCUUGCUCUCACAGUGGAAGCCCAGAAGCAGCACCUGCGUGCAACAACACUCUCCUCAUUCAUGUUCCCCAGCAACUGGCAUUCAGAAGCAUACCAUCUCUGAGUGGAGUGCUUGUUUGGUGUGGACAAAAGACCAAAGAAAAGGAAGUUCCACCUUCUCAGUUUGCUAAGUUUGAAAACUUGAUUUAAAUCAUUACUUUUGUUGUUGUUGUUGUUGCUUGAACCAAAACUAACUUGAAACACAGGGGUUAGAACUGAAUGAACAAACCAGCGUGCUGAGUGGGGUUCCUGCAUUUUACAUAACUGCAAAGUAAUUUAUAAUGGCAAAUGGAUGCCUGGUAAACUAGAGCUGUUUUGGAUGAUAUUCCCUUAGCAACCUCCAGGCUUAGUCCAGGCUUGCUUUCUUGUUGACUUCAGCCAUUCGCUGAUCUGACUUUCUCACCUCCUCUUAAGCUGCGCCUUUUUUUUCUGUGCUGCAGGGAAAUGGGAAUGCCCUUGGCACCAGUGUGACGUGUGCAGCAAAGAGGCAGCUUCCUUCUGCGAGAUGUGCCCCAGGUCCUUUUGCAAGCAGCACCGAGAGGGCAUGCUCUUCAUCUCUAAACUGGACGGACGCCUGUCCUGCACAGAACAUGAUCCAUGCGGACCUAACCCUCUAGAGCCAGGAGAGAUUCGUGAGUAUGCGCCUUCCACAGAAUCGGCAGCUGGCUGCCAAAACACUCAGCCAUCAGACGAGCAGCCUGCGGCUACAGGCCCGAAAUCUCAGCCGUCAGAGAGGCUACCUCUGACUGUGGCCCUGAGGCUGCAACCCUCAGAUAAGCCACCUUCCUCUUCAAUGGCUCUGAGGCUAAAGUCCUCAGACAAGCAGCCUUCCUCUGUCGCGCUGAAGCUGCAGUCCUCAGAUAAAGCACCCUCCACCGUGGCACUGAGGCUACAACCAUCAGACAAGCUGCCCUCCACCCUGUCCCUGAGUUUAAAACCCUCAGACAAAUUGCCCUCCACCCUGUCCCUGAGGUUAAAGCCCUCAGACAAAUUAUCCUCAGCCCUUGCCCUUAGGUUGCAGUCGUCAGAUAAGCCGCUCUCUGCCGUGGCGCUCAGGCUACAUCCCUCAGAAAAAUCGCCCUCCACGGUGGCCCUGAGGUUACAGCCCUCUGAAAAACAGGCUUCUGCUGUUGCCCAGAAGUCACAACCGUCAGAAAAGAUAUCCUCCACAGUAGCUCAUGAGUCACAGCUAUCAGACAAGCCGGUCACUGGAGAGGCACCAGGACCUCAGGACAAGCCACCUGCUCCGGAGGCAUUGGGACCUCAGACAACAGACAAAAGCUCCACAGUGAAACCACCAGGAUCCAAGAAGUCAGAACUGUCACCUACUGCAGGCAUACCCAGGUCUCAGAAUUCGGAGGAACCUCCUGUUGCAGAGAUACCAAAGCUCCAGGCGUUGGACAAGCCUGCUGAUCCUGAAUCUCCAAGGCCUCAGCCACUGGACAGGCCCAUUUCUCUUGGCCCAACACCCAAGCCCUCAGGCAAGUCUGUUGCUCCACUGAGCCUACGAUCUCAGCCAGUGGUCAGACCAGUCACCCCCAUAGCCCUGAGGUCUAAACCAUCAGAAAAGCCAGCCACUCCUGUAGCCCCACAGCCACAGCCGCCCAACAGGGUUUCUACCCCUGCAGAUGCUCGGCCCAUGCCAUCAGACAAGCCUUCUACUACCACAGGUCUGAGGCCUCAGCUUCCUUCCCCACUAAGCCUGAGGCCUUUGCUUUCAGAGAAAGCACUGAGGCCUGUUGACCAGAACGCUCAGCCAAAAGAAAGAGGCUCUGUGACCGUGGAGCAGACUCCUCAGCAGAAAGAGCGGACAUCUGUAUCCGAGGAGCAGCCUUGCAGGCCUACAGGGAAAUUUUCGGGCUAUGUUGGGCAAGCAGCCCGCCCUCUAGAGAAUUUUCAAAUACACGAACAGACCCCUUGGCAUAGCGCGAAAGGACUGCAAUCGGUGGAGCAAUCGCUUUGGACAGCUGAGAAACUGCAGUCUCCUGAGCACAGUCUUUGCUCAGGCCAAGAAGCCGCAUCUGCACCUUCCACGGAGCAGCCAUUUUGGCCCACAGAUAGAUUGUGUGCAUUUGAACAACCCCUUUGGCCUGUGAAAGAAGCUCCACUGCCUUCUGGACAGGCAUCGUGGCUGCCCAGAAACAUUCAAACGUUGGAGCAGAUCUCUUGGCUCUCUGGGAAAGCACAGACACCUGUGGGGCAGGACAUUUUGCCUUUGUCUGAACAAAACGUGGUGCUAGUACUGAACCAGGAUUCCCCUGGCCAUGAACCUACUGAGUCUAAACCUUAGUGAAGCCAGUUCGAGGCCAGACGGGUCACAAUUUUUGUUUUGUUUGUUUUUUUAUUGUAUGGGGAAGGGUAUUUUGUUUCUUGGGUUGUUUUUUUUAAAAAAAAAAUCACUUCCCCAGAUCCUUGACCUUCCAACAUCCCACCCAAACUACCCACCUACAUUUACUUAAAUCCAAACGAUGCCCAGCCAAGCAGCAAGAAUGUAGAUGGCCUGUUCCGUCUUCAUUUUGGAAACAAUAAAGCUGAAAUAAAGGAAUCCACUGUGGAUAAUAAUCUCUAAUUCCAUUGAAAUAAUCAAAAUUACUAACCUUGCAUGUCUGAGUGACAGGCGUGCAUUAAUGGUGUGUCUCCUAGAUUUGCUCCUACACCGUUCCAAAGAAGUAGCUUCAUUCCAUCUCACUAGUUGCAAGCCAGCCAUUCUGUACUGGCACCUUACAUUUCCUAAACAAUUCAACUGAUGGAAUCCCGUCACUGGAGAAGCGAAGCGAAGGGACCUGACAGUUUCCUCCCUAGUUUUCAUUUCUCAGCAUUCUGUUUUAGGAGAGUGUUUUGCUUGAGAAUAUGCUGCCAGGGCACAACAAAUACAGGUGCUUUUUGAAGAAACGUUACUUGAAGUUAGCUGAGAAGCCCAGUUCCACUAGGUGGAACUGUCUGCUCCUCUGUGAACAGCUGAAGCUCCUUCACAGACCUUAUAAUUGGAGGUGGGGGGGAAAGAAAUUCAGAGAUACCAUCUGCUAGCAUUCUUAUCCUGGGACUUGGAUCUCUAGCACAGUAAAAUCAGAGCCCCCUCAUAGGCAGAAUUUUGACCACUAAAGGCAACAGCAGGUUAGACAAAUGAGUCAAUCUCUCUUCUGGAUUUUUGUGGUGCAUCAUUGCUGUUACCUAACUUUUUUCAGUCUUUGCAACAAGAAUUAUUAGUGUUUUUGGACAAAUGAAACUAUUUUCCCCCCCUCCACUACAAGCAGUUCGCUUAGGAAUCAUGUUUGCAUUGUUUACAGUAGUCCUAAUUAUUUGGGGUGCAUUCCUCUGGCUAAAGUAUAUCACCUCAGAGGGCGGAACAGAACUAAUAGCCCAUUUGAGAAUAAAUGUUUCCAGGAUAGAAAGCGUGUUUUAUUAAUCUUACCUUGAUUAGUCUCCAGCUUAAAGUAUUUCCCAUCUUACCAAAAAAUACUGAAACAAAAACUUGAAUUUAACUGGGCUACACUGAAGAAUAUCUGCAUGUCAGAAACAGAGGUAGCUGAGGUCAUAGUUCUCACACUGGAACACUAAGGGCUGCAGCAGCUGGCUUAGAUCUCUCUUCCUUUCUUCAUCUCUCUUUCCCAGUCAGUGCAGCGCUUUAUGCCUGGUGCGUAACCAGGCUGGUAUUAUGCAUAACUCUGGUGGAAGCAGUUAUUGUUACCCAACCAGACAUAAAUGCAGCUUGUUAUGGUGCUGGUUAGAUAUUGUUGAUGAACUAUAUUGAGGAUCAGAGAAGUUACUGAUUACUUGGCCCUGAAUAUGUCUAGGUUUCUUCAUAUCUUGGCUGUAGGAGAGGCAGGCAAGCAUACCAUGCCAAUAUUUCACUUGAUGGUUUCAGUUAGACACACUGAUGUCUGGAAGCAGCUUAACAAUCUCUCUCUCUCUCUCUCUCUCUCUCUCUCUCUCUCUCUCCCUCACCCACACACACACACACACACACACACACACACCCACACACCCACCCUUUCCUUCUAACUUUUGCCGCCUCUUCAUGUUCUGUUGGCCUGGAUAGCUGAAGUCGCACAGUCUGUCAUGCUUCAGCUUCAAGCAGCAAAUUUGGCCAGCUCCUAAUUUGCCCUUUUUAGAUUUCCAGGUGUUGUUGUUUUUUUGCACAAAGCAGAAGUUCUGGUUUCUAUGUAAACCCUGAUCCUCUUACUUUGAAGCAUAUAUCAUUGGGGUAUUCAGGUCCUCUGUAGAAUUGCAAUAGUACUACAGUUGAUCCUAUACAGUGGCAGUUCAAAUUCUGACCCAGUACUUUUUUCAAUGCUGGCUUUCCACAAUGAUGGUACCUGCUGGGCACUACAAAACAUUCCCCCCCUGUGCAUCUCAUCCUCUCCCCUGAAUCAUUUCCCUCUCUCUCUCUAAAGCUAGUGACUUUGCAAAGCGUUAUAGCUAAUGGAAUCUUAGUUCUUAACAUUGGUUUUCCUCAAAGACCUGCAGGCUCAGCGGCUGCUUAUUGCUGAAAAUGGGGAAAUGCAAGUACAUUUUGGUUUCUGCGUGACUCCUGCACAAAGGGAAACAGGACAACUCUUCUGAACGAGACAGAAACAAGAAGCCAAGGGCAUUUUACUAAAACCUUUUUUAAAACAAAACGAUCACCUUUUUAAACAAGCAAGCCAAACCAAUCACGAGGUUCAGUAUGUUAAAUAUUUCUCAUGUGUGGAAAAUAAUAAUAAUAAAGCUCUAAAUUUUACAUAUUUAGGCCUUCCCGUGAGCUGGACUUUGUCGUGUAGAUUGUGUGUUUAGGGCUUCCUUUGUGCCAGACCCCACCCCAAGCCAGCUGUACCUGUAACAAGAAAGAUGCCUGCACUGCUUUGUCCAACUCUGUUCUUGCAAUGUCAUGUGUUUUUAACUAGCUAUUUGUUUCAUGGAAAAACAACAACAAUAAACUGUGAAUAUUUUUGGUGGAGGCUGUUUUAAAUCUUUAAAACAGAGAAAAGUCCAUUUUGCAUUAAUUCUCCUGAGUGUAGGUGCUAGGGGUCAAGAAUGCGUGACACGGUAGGGUAUCUGUGCAGCAGCACAUUCAGAAUCUCUAUCUAGGAACUCCUGCUUAAAGUCAGUUGGAUUUUUGCAUGGCAUUUCAGCCCCUGUUGUCUGCUGCCGCCCUGCUUUCUCCUUUUCCCCCAAGAGCCUCUCUGUACAGAUUCAGUUUUGCCGCCGCCUCCCUCCCUGAAGGACUUGUUUUGUAGAAACAAGAAUCUGAUCAAUCAAACUGGGCAUCUGAAGUAGAAAGUGUCACGGAUGUAUGUGUGGAGUGUGUGUACCUGCAUGCCUGUAGCACAACUUUAUACUGAUAGCAUCUCUCCAAGUCUGGAGGCUGGUGUCUGGUUUGUUAUGGUAAGUAAGGAGAAAAUCCCAAGGUGCAGAUUAAGAGAAAUGCUACGCAGGAACCUCACCCAAUCGGCACCUUCAACCCAAAGCAGGGGUGGUUUCCUAUGUGAAAUGGGAAGAGCCAGUCACUCCCAUAAGACACAACAUUCAAUUGGGAAGGGACACUGGCCAAGCAGAAGCCAAGUGCUGUUUGAUUCUGAGGGAUCCAGAAUGCAAACAGACACAGGCUAGGAGAGAGAUUUGACCUGAAUGCUUCCCCUGUUGUGUACCCUUCUACCUAGUGUGAAUCAGCUACCUUUCCAAGAGCUGGGCUGCCAGAAACAAAAUUUGAUCCUGCUUCUUAAAAUGGUCCAGGCAUGUUCUAUUCUGCUGUUGCUUAUGUGGUACUUUGCUAGGGGUGUGAGCAUGGCAAGCGGCUUCUGGUGUGCAAAUCUUACAUACUCCCCAUCAUGUUUCUAUAUUUCAUGCAGAAAAUAAGGUGCUAUAAUGCUUGGGGUCUAGUGGGACAUAGAGCUUUGCACAUUUUGUGCUUGAAAAUCUGUGCCAAGAGGCCAGAUCUGUGGCAAGAAAAGCUUAACUGAAUACUGUGACAUUUGGAUCAUGCAGAAAAACAGAUUUGUGUAUGUUUGCUUAUUUCAUAACUUACUCUGUUUCUGUUAAUCAUGGGAAGGGGCAAAGAACUAGGUAUGACAACAAAUUUUGCCCAGCAACUCUCCUCCACCCAUGAGUAUCUGAAAUUAAACCAGGAAUCCCCCACCCCACCUUUUUUUUUUUACACAAAACAAUUGAAAGAUGAUUCAGAAGCAUCCUGAGCUUCUCAAGUGCCAGAUUCUACACUAGCUCCAUAGUUUCAUGGAAUAAUAGACUAUAGUGGAGUCAGGUAGUUGUACUUGCACCCUUGACUGGCAUUGUUUACAAUGAAGCUAACAAAAUACAAUUUCCACCCCAUUUAUAAAAUAUUCACAGGUAAUUAAAAUUUUGCCACAUGAAAAAUAUGUAGUUGCUGUACAGAAUGGUGAAGAUCAUUCUCCAGAAAUCAGAUGUUCUGUCUCUGUGCUUUUCCCCAUUGGAUGUAUCUCCAAAAGUUAGGGCACCAAGGGGACUGGGAUUAGAUCAACUGCAAGUGCCUAGGUCUGUUAAGAAGAUGUUCAUGUUUAUUUUUGAGCAAUUGGGGUAUUUAUAGCAGCUCAACAGGGUAUACCUCUAUUCAGUGCUUCCCUCUGCCCCUCUCACUUUAAUGUUGCAAGAAUUACUUCCCUUUUCCGACCCCAGGGUCGUGGCCUGAAGAGUGUUCUUUAUGUUAAAAUAUUUGGAAACUCCUCGUCUGUGCAAUUGACUAACAUGCUGCUAAGAGCACCUGUGAUGGGACUUUCCUAGAAUGCAUCACCUUUUGCAUUAUGCUGUGGCUACUAAGGUGGUUAUUUGAUUGGUUUAGGGCAGGGGUGAAGAGCAGAUGUUGAACUCCAAUCCCCUCACCCUGGCCUCACUAGCUCGGGCUGAUAGGAAUUGUAUGCCAGUGUCUAGAGGGGACACAGGAUCCCCACUCCUGGUUUAGGAUGAAUACUUUGGAAUGGAGGAGCUGAGCUGUAGGCUUUUGUAAUAAUAAUAAUAAUAAUGGUGACAACAUUUGGAAUAGAUUUUAAACAUUCUGCAGCCUACGUAAUUGUGCUGAAAUGGAAUAAAGCCUUUCCCCUUUCCGCCAAAUCUGCAUGACUGGUAACAUACAAGAAUUUGUUAACAAAUGCAUUGAGUGUGGUGACAUUUUGCAGUAUUGAUGGAUUCCCUUCCGUGGGAGUCAGAGGGUUAGGGAUGCUGGGAAUGUGAUGAUUUUAACAAGUAUUGGAUUUCAUGUCUGAAAGCAAGAGAUGUCAGAGCACAUUUCUCAAGUACUGACAGAAGGCAGGAAUAGAAGUUAUAUUUUAAAUGGCCACAUUUUUGCCCCCCAUGCUCCCAGACUCUGAUUUUCUGGAAGAUGGGAUCAGUGUACAAAUGACACUUAGUUCCUAUUCUCCCUACUGAGGCAGUGUGGUCUCUUGAAAGUGAAUGCUUGCAAGGGUAUUUGUGCAUAGGAAACCACUUCUCAGCCUACGCAGAGCAUCAUAUUGGAAACAUCUGGAAUUUCACUAACCCUAUUCCCUUGAGUGGGUGCUGAGCAGAUGUGGCAAGGGGCAGCUAAGUGCCAUUCCUUCCAUUUCUCAGCAGCAUCACAGGGCAUAUUCCUUUGCUGUAGCAGCUUAUUUCAGUAAUGUAUGGUGUGGUGCUUUUGAAUUGUUCAGGUCUGUAAUAUGUUGGGAGAGAGAAACUCUUCUCUAAUCGCUUGACAGUCCCAUCCCCCCCAUUUUGUUCCAAAGGGGUUUGGGCAGGGCUAAGACUGGAGAGCUCUCCCCACUCAUUUAGCUGCUGGUACAAAAAUGGAGUAGUGUGUGGUGCUAACGGAGAUGAAAUAUUGCAUUUCUUCAAGCUGUAUUGCUUUGCCCUCAGGCAGUAUACUGCAUGCUGACUCUCCCAGACACUCUGCUGGGAGUUGUGACUGAACAGAGCAAUUGCAGGAGAAGGCCUCUGGGAAAAGUCCUGUUCUGCAAUGACACUCCAGUGCAUAAUUGCAGUAUUUCUGCAUGAAUAAUGGGGAAGGAAUUCUUUUCAGUGCAUCUAUUGUGGUUACCAACAGUCAAGCAUAAUGUCUUUUUACAGAGCUAUCCUAUUCUCAUCUACGUUCUCUACAAAUGGCCGGCAAGGGAAAUGCUUUACAGUAUCUACAUUAGAAGAAGAGGAAGAGUUUUGGCUCGUGGAUUCUUAUUUUUCCUCCCCUGACUCAUUUAACUGUGUGUGUGUAAAAACUAUGACAAUGAAAAACAAAGUUGUCCUACCCAAAUGUUCCCAAAAUAUGUACUGUAAUUCUUUGUAUAUAAAAGAAAGCAAUUACUGUAAAGUAAAGUUUAACUUUGCUCUUGA